CUACAGCACAGCAAAGCACCUCAGUGCUCAGUAACCUGACCAUCUGCAAUCCAGAGGAAUAGUCACUAACCAGACACAGGAAAAAGGUAAAAAUAAAUAAAUGAUAUAUAUAUAUAACACUUUAAUAUUAGCAGAACUAAUAGUGCUACAGCAUGUGAUCUGGGAGAGGAGGGUUUUAAUUAUCUGUGUGCAUUUGUUCCUUGCAUUAUAUUGUUGACAUUUUGCUUUCCAAGAAAAUAGAUCAGUAGAUGUUGAUACUCUGUUGUUUUACUGCUAAAUCUGAAUUUUUUUUCAUAAAUGCAUAUUUUACAUAUAUAUAAAGAGAGAAAAAAGUAAUUGUAAAUAGAUUCAAUUUCUUUAAGCUAUAAUUACACUAGUAUUAAAAACUAUUAAUUUUGAAAUAAAUUAUGUACACAUCUAAAAUAUAAGAACCCAAAUGUAUAUUGAUCAUUUUAGAGAUUUAUUUCAACAUUUCUUAUAUUUAUUGUUUCUAAAAUGUAUUACCAUGAAAGGUACAAUGAGGCUUCACUUGGUGCCAAUUAUGUCCUGGUGUUUGUACAUAUUUAUGUGUUAUAUUUACUUGACACGUGUUUGUGUGCCUGUAAGUGACUGGAGUGUUGAGUGCAUGUGUCUGUGUUUGUAUAGGUUUGUUCUUUCUAAACCUGUCUCCUUGUGUAUCUGUCUCUAUGUCCCACAAAUCAGUCUAGCUCCUUCUGUUUAUUCAGUGUGCCUGUUUAUUAAUUCUGUAAUAUAAGAAAUCAAAUUUACCCCAAACCUGUAUUCAGUUUACUCUGUUAAUCAGGUUCCAAAUGUGUGAAUGCUCAUAUGUCUGUGUAUAUUCUGUCUGUUUGUUCAUAUUUGUGUUUGUAGAUAUACAGAUUGCAGAGCACCCAUAUGUCUUUCAACAAAUGCCAUGAUUUUAUAUAUUUUUUAAAUAAUCUUUACAAAUAAUUGAAUAUAUUGAUACAUUUUUAUAUAUGAUAUAUUUUUGAUAUGUUAAUAUUUUUUUUUUUUUUAAAUAAACAACCUGUUUUAAAUGUUUAUCCAAAAAUAUUAAAUCAUUUGAAAAGCUUAUCCAAGAAUAUUAAAUCAGGGCCAAAGUAGUUUAUGCAUGCAUAUGGUUGGUAAAAUAAAAUACUCUAUUUCUGUUCUUUAAUGACCUUUAUGGAUGUGUAUGUUCGUGAUUGCGUAUCUGAGUGGAUGUGCAUAAUCUGUGGUAAUCUAUGGUUUUGUUCUACCCAUACACACUGUGUAAAAAAGAGGAAGACACUUAGGUCAUGGCAAGGACUGUUUAUUCAGCAAUAUUAGCAUUAAAUGACCACUUAUCAUAAGUAACAGUGAGAAGUUAUUGAACACAACUUUCAGUUAAAAUGAACAUUAUCCUUAUAAUUAAAUGAUAUGUUAUAAAAUGUACAGAAUGUCAGAAAUUAACGCAAUGAUGCAGUUUUCAUACUCUGUCUUAAAUAGCCUCCUGGCCCUGUAUGUAUAUGCUAGCCUAAUAAAUGGAAAAUCACAUUUUGCUUUUGACCUAUAGAAAUAAAAUAAAAAAAAUAUCUUAACUGCAAGCUGUCAAUCUGAUAUGUAAUUAAAAAAUUGCUUGAUUGCUGAUUGUAUCCAAAACAUUUAUCCCACACACAUUUCUAACCCUUUUUGAAUGCUUUAAACGUUACCUAUCGGGAUGGUGGAUCAAAAAAGGUAGCCCGUAAAUUUCACACUAGCACUUUUUUUCAGAAUUUUCUUAUAAUGAGAACAGGUGGUCUUUUUCAUAUUAGCACAGGUGGAUCUAGGAUCCCUGAUUAAUCAAUUUGAAAUGUUGGUGGGUACUAGAGAGCUGACAGUGAAAAACUAUUUAAGAUAAUGGACUCCAUGUGUGUUUGUGUGUUUAAGGUGUUAUCUCCUUUUCUCUCAUAUUUCAUGGAGAUCCUUCAUCCUCUGCACAGAGCUUCUGAUAAAUAGGUCAUCAUAAAUUCCUGCACUUUAUCCAGUCAAUAUGCUUAAACGUGUAAAAUUAAAUUUUUUUUUGACAAUUAUACCUUUUAAGUACAUAUCAGACAGGUUUCUAAUGUGCUGUCUCUACUAGCUCCACAACUCUCUCUGUUUUAUCAGGCACUCUAUUAUAUUAUAAUUUUAUAUUAUUCAAAAAGGAAAUUGCAAUAUUAUGCAUAUGGAAGAAGUGCCCACUUCAACUUUUUUACAGCUCUGUUAUUUUGUCCUCGAAUUUGCAAUUCCCUCGUUUUUCACAAAUCUAAAUGUAGUGAAUAAUUAUUAUCAAAUUGUUACUUUGCACACAGUACAAAUAAUGUAAUGUAAAAGUGACCUAAAUAUGGUGUUCUUUUACAUGUAUUGUCUGUACUCUCUGGCUGAUGUACGGGUAACUAUAUCUUAGGGAAUCAAAAUUUUCCUGCUUAUUGCUUGUCACUGCUUGUUGACCAGGUUUAAUCUCAAAAUUCCAAAUUUGGUCUGGAUUGGUAAAAUUGGGUUAAAAUAACCAAUUAUUAUUUAUUUUUUUUUACCAAAUUUGCCAUUUCAAUUUACUAAAGGCAAAUCUUAUUGAAAUGUGAUCAUUUUAAUUGAAUGAGCACUUUUGAGCUAGUACCAUCUGUGUUUGCUUUAAAAUAAGUAAUUCUUGCAAUACAGUAUUUGCAUGUUUAUUAACCCCUUAAGGACCAAACUUUUGGAAUAAAAGGGAAUCAUGACAUGUCAGACAUGCCAUGUGUCCUUAAGGGGUUAAAGACAAAAUGACAAAUUUGCUAAAUAAUUCCACCUGCAUUUUGAAUGCAAAUUUACAUUUGUAUGUAUAAAAAUGUGUCCACAUGCAGCAUAUAAUGAAAAGCGGGAAAGGGUUAAACCAUCUAAAAAGUUAACUAAAUAAUACUUAUUUAAUAUAUCGAAUGUAUUUAUAUAAUACUCUUAUAAUAAUAAAUACAUUAUAAAUGCACGGGGCAAGUCAUACCUCUCUAUUGCAUCAACACUUUCACUCUAGAACAGGGGUUCUCAAACUCUGGCCCCCCAGAUGUUGCUGAACUACAACUCCCAUGAUUCUCUGGCUAUCUGUGUAAUUCAAAGAAUCAUGGGAGUUGUAGUUCAGCAACAUCUGCGGGGCCAGAGUUUGAGGACCCCUGCUCUAGAAUUUAGCGGUCUAAAUGGUGCCAAAGGCAGAUUUUUGCAAUGUAUUAACUCGUGAACAAGGUGAGUUUGGUUGAACUGAGUUUAAAGGCAGAUAGUUACUAAUUCUAUUAAAUCUGAGUAUUAGGUUGUAAUACAGAAUUUUGUUCCAAAUUCAUCAAGGUAGAAAAAUGUCAGAGAGUGCUUCAAAUUGAUUUGGCUACAUUUUGCAAUUUACUUUUUAACUCGUCCCAUUUCACUGCUUACUGAAUUCAUCCCAAAGUGUUUUGGACUUGGAUCAGAUUCCUGAUAAAGUUCUUUUUUUCAGUAGCUUUUUCUGUCAUGCUUGAAAUAUUUAUUUCUUAUCUGCUUACUAUGUACCAGUCAUGUGCUUGUCCAUCCUAAUCUGCUAUGAGAUAUAAUUGAGCAGGCUAAGCCAAAACUCCAAAUGCAUACAUGGACAGCUGUGACUAUAUUGGGUGGGAUUUAUCAAAGUAAAACAGCAUCUAUCCUGUAGCAAAUACUAAAUGUUAGAAUUAAUUCUACUUAGUAAAUGCACCUUAUUAGUACUUUGCCACAGAAUAGCACUCAAUAUGAUUUGAUAAUCUCCGUAUAGUGGUUUCAAAUAUUCUUUUGUAUUCUACAAUUUUUUUCCCUAAAGUUCUAUUUCUGUUACUUUUACUAGCUCAUUUGGCAUUGGGAGUUAAAGACUGUUUACUAACCCUGUUAUUUUUGCCCAAAUAGUACAGAUUGUUAUAAACAAACGAAACAAAUGUUAUUAGUUUACACUACAGAUUUUUAUAAAUUAAUUUCAACCAAAAUAAAUCCAAAGUAUACAGUAUACAAAAAAAAAAAAAAAAUAGAAAAAACUAACAUAUUGCAUGGUGGAGAAUUAAAAACCAAUACUUAGGUUAAAGAGAGAAUUUUCUAAAUCUGUCUUUUUUACCUAACUUCUCCAAUCAUGUUUUCAAUUCAUUAAAAUUCUACAUUUAGUAAAAACAUAAGCCAUUUCAAUGGCUUAUUUCUCUGCCAUAUACUUAGGCAAAUUGUCAUUUGGGGAAAAUUCUUAAAAGAACACUAAAGACUCCCACACCACUUCAUCUCAAUGAAGUGGUCUAAAUGCAGGGGUCCCGCUAUAUUAAUAGAACAUAAUGUAGAACAUUGCAGUUUUGUAGCAGUUUUGACCGGACAUGCGUAUCUCAGAUGCAAUGCUUCUCCAUGAGAAGCAUUAUAUUGAAGUAGAACAUGAAAGAGGAGAGCGAACAUUUUUGCAGGUCCCGUGAGCAGCUGUAGCAGAGGAGUCUUGGAGCUGGAAACGAGAAAGUAAUCUUUAAUAAACUUUCAUUUUUAGCAGAAAUGGAGGGUGAACAUUCUGACAGCGAUAGAAGGGAACAUAUUGUCAUUUUAAGAACUACAGGUUUUCUUUCUUCUCACUUGCCUGUUGUAAGUAGCAAGCAGUGCACUUCAUUGCUGGCCUGAAAUGCAAGGGGAAAUAAACUCAAGAACUGAUUCAACAAAAUAUUAAUUCCUGUAGAUGAGUCUUGGCAAGUUGAUUUGUUUACAGCUUGAAUAGACAAGAAUAAGUGUACAAAUUAUUCCGUGCUUAGACAUAUCAGAGGAUAUUCUAAGAAAUGCAAAAAUUUAUGAUUCUCAAGAUUAGGGGAAAGAAUGAAUAGUCCUCAGUGUUUUACACUAAGGGCAUUAGAUGUGUGGGCUUCACUGCAGAGGAUAGUUCCUGUCAGAUAUUUUAGGUGGUGCCUGUGAGGUAUUAAUAAAUAUGGUGUGUGUGAGGUAUGAAUAAAUAAAUACAAAUAAUCCAAAACAGACUCUGUAGUUUGUUUCGUUUAGGAAAGGUUUUAUAAUUUUGUAAAUUAUAAAAGUCAUUUUUAGCGGGGGUGUUCCUGGAAUAGGUACUACAACCUACAUAAUGAUUAACUUAUCAUACACAGAAAGAGUUUUAAAAAAAGCCGGUUUGCUUAUAAAACACAGUUCAUCUGAAAGCCAUGGAGAUCUGAGGACCCUACAUUAAAUGCAUCAAUAGAUGUAUCAUGUACCACCAAGUCAACAUAACAGCUUUCUACUACCUUGUUGGAUUUAACACAUUGAAAUGUAGCUAAAAUAAGAGGAGUUAGGAUAAAGAUGGAAUAAUGGAAAUUAGUGAGCAGUUACAACAAAAUGUGGGAGCUGUAGAAGUAUGGAACAGAUAUAGAUAGAGGGAUAUAAUUUCUUAUUAGUAAUAGCUGCUUGAUCCAAGGAGACAUCUGACUGCUAUUUUGGGAUCAACUGGGUUUUUUUUGCCUUCUUUUGGAUCAACAGCAAAAACAUAUGUGAGGAAGGCUGAACUUGAUGGACACAAGUCUCUUUUCAGCUAUGUAACUAUGUAAUAUAGAUAGAUGGUAGAUGCACAGGGUAGACUUGGAAUAGACACAUUGCAGUCCUAACCGGGCAGGUGUAGAAUAAACUUCCUACUUUUAGAUAGGAACUUGACAGACUAGAUGGGUCACUUGGCUUUUGUGCAUAUUUAAAAUCAAUGUUUCUAUAAAUGUAGUUAAUUACUGUUUUUCAACAAUAAUUGUCAUAAAUGUUGCUAUAUGCAGGGAACAGGGGUGUUCUCUUAUGGGAUAGUUAAAAGGGUAGGAAUGCUUAUGUAUGGAACUUGGGACCAUUGUGAGGAGAUAACAUGAAGUUUAAGAGAAUGAAUCUAGUCAAAGUGGUCAUCUUAUUAAAAAUGUAUAUUUCUGCCAGGUUUUUCUCAACCGUAUGACAAUAUGUAUCAGACAUCAGUCAGGGCUCAUAAGAUGUGUGAUUUACUGCCAAAUUAAGAUGUUUGGGCAUGUUUUGUCAAUACAGUAAAAACAAGUUUGAAUGUCUAUGUAGCAAAAAGAAAAAUCUAAUUAACCUCUAGAGUUUAGAAAUAUUUUAUUUACAAGAAUUAUUGGAUAGAAAUUUUUGAAGGAGGGAGUUAUUGAUUUAUUUGCAACAUACGGAUGUUGGACAACAUGCUCUAUUAAUUACAAUCUAUGCACGUGCUAGGUCUCUCUCUGGAGUCCUUGGCUUCAAUUGAGUCAUAGGAAAAAUUGAUUACACAAAUGUCCGUCAAUACUAAUGAGUACAAACAUGUCUAUAAAAAUCUAUAUAUCUAGCUUACUGUCCAAAUUAUAUAUUGUUGCAAAGUUUCAAUUUCAUACAAAAUUCAACCUAGGGUGACACAAUAUUGAAAUUGUUUUGCACUUCUUCUUCCAAUAACACUGACAGCUAUAGAACAAUGACCAACAAAACAGAGUAUUGUAGAGUUAUGUAGUUUUAUACUGAGAACUGAGGACUGCAUCCUAAAGUGAUGGACAUUACAGUCUUCAAUAUGUAGAGUUGUGCAAAGUUUACUAUUCCUGAAGGGUUAUGGAAAUUACAUUUGGGGGUAACAGAGUUAGGCUUAGGUUUAUAGUUUUAGAAAUUAGGAUAAUGUGUUAAUGUUAGCAGCGAGGGUCAAGUUUAGUGUUGUUGGAGUUAAGUUUACAUCCACUCUAAAGUAAUUAGUCAUUUAAUAAAUAAUAUUUAAAGUAGCACUAUUCCUUUAAGUAGGUCUGUUGAAUGUGACUUGCAUGCAUGCUGUGUGGCAGUUGAGGGGAGAAUUUAAGGCAGAUAUAAGCCUUUUACCCAUUGGUAUUAAUAGCAAUGGCUGUACGGGCUGACAAACUUAAUGGUGGAAGCAUUGUCUUUUGUCAAGUUUUGUCAACCUCGUUACAUAUGGUCUUUAUAUUCUCUUAUGAUGUCUGUUAUUGGUUGUACUGAAAUUUCAAUAGAAUACCCAAAAGUAAAAGAGAACAUUUAAACACCCCCAAUAUCCACCAUCUGUAACCACAUCAUAUUUUUGCAUAUUUUUCUACGCACUUUAUCCUGCCCCCAACUCAAACCCACUUUCCCCCAAAUUAUUUUUGGGCCAUUAAAUUAAAAUAAAGGUUUGUCCCUAAAAAAUAAUUGAUACAGUUACCAUAUGCGUAGCGACAGAGCUGGUCUAGGUGGCUUUAUCAAUAUCAACAUAAAAAAAGGGUAUACACUUAUAACAGCAAGUGACUCACAAAUGCCUGACCUUAAAUUAAAUUAAAUAUUUUGCUUAUUUAAUUUCCUACUUUGGUAUUUGACAUCAGCCUUUUCCAGUGAUGUCUGGUUUCUAGCAAACCAUGUUUUUUUUAUUAACAGUAAUGCCGCCGUUCAAUAUCCUUCACCGAUUCUACCUUCUUGUUUCACAGAGACCGAAAGCAACAUUAUCAGCUCCAACAGUCCAGGGCAUGCCUGUUAUUUUUCAGGGUACUGAUUCAGAACUAAUGGACAUGGUGUCAUAGCAAAAUGAUUUAAUUACAUAUUUUGUAAAGGGCACCAGUUAUCUGUCAGAGAGACAGCAGUUUGCACACAUUCCAGAUUUUGGUAAUGUUUAUCAAAGAACUGGAGAGAAUGAUCUCUUACAUCUGUUAAAAAAAAUCUAGGUGAAAGUCAAGCCUUCUGGUGAAGUGUUGCUUAGGUUCAGCCCAGUAGAGAAAUGUCAGGUCUGACUGUGUCAGAUCACAAAAUGCAGAAAUAGGAAAAAGUUAAAAAGGUUAAUUACCGGUCCUAAGGAUGAUCCGGUUUAACAAAACACAGACACCUACUUAAAAAUGGUAAUAAAUCACUGGAGACAGAUGAAUGAAUCUCAUAAAGACAAGAAAACGAUAGGGAACGAGAAGAUACAGUAAAAUGUGAAACCAGCCAUAGGGUUAGAGUAGGAGGCAGAUUGAGCGUAAACAGGACAAGUUAGAGACAUGAAUACAGAAAUCAGGAUGUACAGUAUAAAAAGCAAAGACUUUGAUAUGUACUUUGGAACACUAGCAAAUGCUCUUAGUGAGGUUAAACCAUGAAACGGCAAUGAUGGGUAUUAAGCACAGGUUUAUGAAGGCCUCUCCCAGUUGAGACCAAUGUGUAACACCAGUUAUAUCCACCAGGUGUAGCUCACUCACAGGCAUAACUAAAACAAUAACAGGAGUGUGCCUUAAAGACGCCUUGAUAGAUGCCGUGAUGACUUUCACUAAGGAUGCAACCAUCACAUGAGCUGCUGCUGGGCCCUUACUAUCUUGGGGUUAGGCUGGUAAAGCAAAAAAUGCAGUAGGUAGCUAAGGGUCAAGCAGUAGAAAAAAGUCCAAGGUAACAAAUCCAAUAGUGGCAAUCCAAUAGGCGUAGUCAAACAGUCCAAGGUAAUGAAUACAGGCAGAAUGAUAAGUCAGGCCCAGUGUAAAGCACCAGAAAGACAAUACCAUUUACCUACAGUCACAUUUCAGGACCAAGCCUCAAAACAACUGAGCAAUGAUAACUCGGUUACUCUGAGAUUAAAUAGGGCACCAUUUACUAACAACACUCCUCCAUCGUGCCUCCUCAACUAUAGCAGGGAGUUGUCAUAGGAACCUGCAGGUCAGGUUUGCUACCUAACCACGGCCCCUGGUCCCAUGACACUGCUCAAGUCCACAUGUCAUCCAGGAGCAACUGGUUGUCCAAGAGAUGAGGCCACAUCCCCUGCAGGUCCCCCUCCACUGACAUAUCAGUGGAUUUGGAAGUUGUGCACAGACAACCUAGAGAUAAGACAUUGCACUUACAAAAAAGAAUUAAUAGAGUUACAUGUAAAAGGUUUUCUGGUUAUCAAUCACAAUUACAUACACGUCUUUGACCAUAUACCUAGAAACUGUAAACAUAUCAUGAAUGGAUCUGAGGUUUCUACACUUGAUUUGGGUAUAUUGAGUGGGAACAAAAUUAGGAUAAAGGCAGAAGCAGAGAGUAUGAGAGUCAUAUUAUUCUACUGUCCACUUCAGUACUGUAUUUCAAGUUUCAAGCCAGAUUAGGAGUAUGACUGUGAUUCUGUCACAAAAAGCUGAGGGUAUAAAAACUAAUAGCAAGUGGUGUUAAUAACAUGGAAUGUACCUAAAACACUAACAUCCAACUUACAUAGGUCAUAAAAGUCCAAUUCUUUGGUAGAUCUUUUUGUCAGUAGGUGUUCCUCAAAUGUGCAAUAUGGGGAGAGAAAAGAAGAAAUAGAUCAAUAGUGUAGCAUGUUAAAUAAUAGAAGUACAGUAGAAGAUAAAGAUUUUCCACUCACAUUUAAAACACCUUGCAAGCUCUAGUGAUAUCAACAUAUCAGGUUGCUGUUAUGGGCAUAACUUUCUCGGUGACUUUCACAAAAGUUUACAAGAAGCUCAGGGACAGCUAUGUGUAGCAAUUUAUUCCCUGCAUAGAGAAUUUAAAGGUAUGCAGAGCAAUAUAUGUAAAUUAAAGAAAAGUAACAUUCUGACAUAAAGAUUAAAAACAAGCUCAUAACCACUUGUAUGUGGUCCUAAUUCUGACACUGUGGAAGCCAUGUGCACUCGGUGUAUCUCUCCGGUCCAUUGGAAUGGUAUCCCUACUAGUAGUCUAUAUUCUCCUGCUCUAGGACAAAACACCUUCUCAUGUUCCUCCCACAAAUCAUAUUUUAGCAAAAUAUCAAACUGCUAUUAAAGAAACACAAAAUUUCUGCUGCUCUCUAUCAAACCAGGUGGACAGAAACACAGGGGAUCAUUUUCCUGGAGUCCUGCACUCACUCCGGUAGCUAACCACCACCAUGACUUCAAAAACCUAAUAUCUCUGGGUACCAAAUUUCUUCAACCCACAAGCCUCUGUCCUAAUAAAAUAUAUCACAGCAGUGGUGGAUCUGGAGGGGACAAUAGGGAAAUUACACCCCCCAAGAAAAUAGUGCAGCGCUGACGCAGAACUUAGGCAGGGACAGAAGGGCGAUAAGAGUCUGGCCAUUGCGCAAACUGGGCAUAUGGCGGUGUGCCACGAUGGCCAUGGGCCAAGGCCAACAGGGCAGGAAAGUGCAUGGGCUGGAAAGUGCAUGGGCUGGAAAGUGCAGAUCAAAAAUCUACUUUACCAGCCCUCUGGCUCUUCAAUCCGGGCAGGAGUGAGGAGAGGACCCAGGAGCUCUAACCUGCAGUUCCGCCGGGUUCCUCUCAAGAGCUCAGAGUGUUGCCGCAGUUACCAUAAAAACGCUCCGGAUUUCGCAAGAGAAGAGCUGCAGACUAGAGUUCACUCACUGCUAUGACCACCAGGACUUCACCACUGGACCUCCAGGGCUUACAAUGUCCCCCCUCCUAAGCAAUGGUAAGAAGGGAGUGGGGAUAUAGAGUUUACUUAUUUAAUUUUAAAAAAAUACAUAUUUUUAAAAUACAUAUAUAUAAUCAUAUGUUGAUUUUAAAUUAAUAUUUAUAUCUGCCUCCAUCUGCCCAACCCCCCUCCCUCGCGCACACACACACACACACACACACACACACACACACAAUACAGGCCUGUACUAGUCGCAACACAGUCACAAACGACACUCUUCAAAAACAUUGCACCUUUCACACAUACGUUGCACCACUCACACAUACAUUGCACCCCUCACACACACUGCAUUCUUCACACCUGCACUGCAUCCCUCACAUGUACACUGCACCCCUCACACACAUAUACUGCAUCUCUCAAACAUACAUACUGCACCUCUCACACACACUGCAUCACUCACACUGCAUCCCUCACACACACUACAUUACAGACACACACACACAACAUCCCUUUUACACACUACCCCAAUUACAUACACUACAUUCCUCUUAUAAACUCUCUGGAUCCUCUUCACACACACUAGAUCACCUAUACAGGGAUUAGUUUCUCAUUUUUUUGUUUUUUUCACAGCAAAUGUUCUUUUUUUUUAAAUACUUGAUGGAACAAUUAAUAUAGUUAAACAUGUAAUAAAUAAAUGGACCCAACCAGAAAAGCAUGACUAAUGAAAAAAAUUGUUAAUACAAAUUUAAAUUUAAAAAACAACAUAAGAAUAAAAAAAAUACACCAACUUUUAAAUAAAAAUAUAAGUAAAAAUUAAAAGAAAGAUUUGUAAUAAAAAUAAUAAUACAAAUUGGAAUAAAUAAGUAUCCACAGCAAGAGAAAUUGGACACCGCUAUGACCACCAGGACUUCACCACUGGACCUCCAGGGCUUACAAUGUCCCCCCUCCUAAGCACUGGUAAGAAGGGAGUGGGGAUAUAGAGUUUACUUAUUUAAUUUUAAAAAAAUACAUAUUUUUAAAAUACAUAUAUAUAAUCAUAUGUUGAUUUUAAAUUAAUAUUUAUAUCUGCCUCCAUCUGCCCAACCCCCCUCCCUCGCGCACACACACACACACACACACACACACAAUACAGGCCUGUACCAGUCGCAACACAGUCACAAACGACACUCUUCAAAAACAUUGCACCUUUCACACAUACGUUGCACCACUCACACAUACAUUUCACCCCUCACACACACUGCAUUCUUCACACCUGCACUGCAUCCCUCACAUGUACACUGCACCCCUCACACACAUAUACUGCAUCUCUCAAACAUACAUACUGCACCUCUCACACACACUGCAUCACUCACACACCCUCACACACACACUGCACCCCUCACACACACUACAUUACAGACACACACACACAACAUCCCUUUUACACACUACCCCAAUUACAUACACUACAUUCCUCUUAUAAACUCUCUGGAUCCGCUUCACACACACUAGAUCACCUAUACAGGGAUUCGUUUCUAAUUUUUUUGUUUUUUUCACAGCAAAUGUUCUUUUUUUUAAAUACUUGAUGCAACAAUUAAUAUAGUUAAACAUGUGAUAAAUAAAUGGACCCAACCAGAAAAGCAUGACUAAUGAAAAAAAUUGUUAAUACAAAUUUAAAUAUAAAAAACAACAUAAGAAUUAAAAAAAACACCAAUUUUUAAAUAAAAAUAUAAGUAAAAAUUAAAAGAGAGAUUUGUAAUAAAAAUAAUAAUACAAAUUGGAAUAAAUAAGUAUCCACAGCAAGAGAAAUUGGACUUAAAAAAUUAGAAAAGAUUAACAACUACAAAAAUAAACAAACUAUAUAUAUCAUGUUUAAUCAUUUUUAGUCCAUUGGGUUGGAGGGUAUCCAAUUCAUAAAUCCACUGCAUCACACAGUGAAUUAAUAUAUAAUUAUAUAAUACUAUACAAUAUUGAUAUUGUACAUACGAUAUUACUAUAGAUAUAAACUCAAGGUUUCCUAAAUCCAUUCAGUAAACUAAUCUCGCCACUCUUGGAUUCUGGAUUCUAGGCUUCCUAGAUUAAAAAGCUUUUCCUGACACUGUCCCUCCAAUAUAAACAGAUAGUAUGCUUAAAAUUAUUCCUAUUACCAGUAUGUGAUAGACAGAUUGGUUGGUCACUCUUUUAUUUUUCGUUUUUAAUUUUUUAUGGAAGCUAGGAAGUAUUCAGAGUGUGUGGAGUAAUGAGACAUAUGCUAUAAAUGUCAAAAGAAUAAAAGGUUUCAUGGUUGGUUAAAAUUACAAAUGCCUUAAAAGGUUAAAAUGUUGCUACAUAAAAUGGACAGAUGGGCAGUUGAUUAACUAUAUUAAAUCAAAAUUGUGUUGUAUUAUUGUAGUGCAGACACCAUGUCAACGUCUGCUAGCAAUACGCUACAAUUCUCUGUUCAGUGAGCUGCAGAGGUAGUACGCCCAGUAGACCUGCAUGUGACGUGUGUACAGUCAAUUUCAUUCAGGUCUAGUAAACAAGAUUCUAAGGUAUGAUGAUUGUUAUAAAACUCAUUAAAGUAUCUAUCAUUAGAUUAAACAUUUUGAGUAUUUCAUCAUCUUUAUGAAAACCGCACAUUGACUUGCUGAAAUUUGUUGGAGAAAUUUUCACUCUGCACCUGACUACCUCCACUAUAAAUUUAUGCUGCGCUCCUUUAGUAUGGCUCUUUCCUCUGCAAAAGUAAAUUACUUCAAUACCCUAAUAAGCACACUAUCGCGCCAACCCAAAUCCCUAUUUAACACUUUUAAUGCUCUCCUUCGCCCUGUUGCUCCCCCUCUUCCUACCGCCCUGUCCGCCUCAAACUUUGCAACUCAGUUCAUUGAGAAUAUUUCUUCAAUCAGGAAAGAGAUUUCUAACCUCUCUCUCUCCCCUUCCAAUAUAUCACCCAACCCCACUCCCUCUGCUGUUCUAUGCUUAUUCGCACCUACUACAACGGAAGAGGUUUCUGCUCUGCUCCGGUCCUCCCACCCCACCACCUGUUCCCUAGAUCCUAUUCCCACAUAACUCAUCCACACUCUGUCUCCCUCUCUUGGUUUUCCUCUCACUAAAAUUUUCAAUCUCUCCCUUUCCUUCACCCUUCAAGCAUGCAAUCAUAACACCGAUUCUGAAAAAGCCCAACCUUGACCCCAACUCCCCAUCCAACUACCGCCUUAUAUCGCUACUGCCAUUUUCCUCCAAGAUCCUUGAGAGUUGUGUAUGUGAGCUUAGCAGACUUCCUCAAAUCCAACUCCCUGCUUGACCCGCUUCAGUGUGGAUUCUGUGCUCGUCACUCUGUUGAAACAGCUGUGACCAAAGUAUCCAACGUUUUAAAUGCUGCUAAAUCUUGCGGCCAUUACUCUAUCCUAAUUCUCCUUGAUCUUUCUACUGCCUUUGACACUGUUGAACAUCAACAGCUUCUUCUCAUUCUCCUUAAUCUCGGUCUACAGAAUACUGCUCUCUCCUGUUGCUCCUCCUACCACUCCUAACGCUUUUUCAGUGUUUCUUUCUCUGGCUCUGCCUCUUGUCCUUUACCCCUCUCUGUUGGCGUUUCCCAAGGUUCUGUCCUUGGUCUCCUACUGUUCUAUCGUUACUGCCUCCCUGGGAAAACUGAUCAGCUCCUUUGACUUCCAUUAUCAUUUAUAUGCAGAUGACACACAAAUCUACCUGUCCUCUCUCCAUCCAUCUUGACUCAUGUCUCUGACUGCCUCUCUGCAAUUUCCAACUGGAUGGCUACUCAUUAUCUUAAACUCAACCUGUCCAAAACAGAACUUCUGGUCUUUCCUCCCUCAAAUGUUGCUGUCUCCCUCCAAAUCAGUGGCGCCACCAUCACCUCUACCUUGCAAGCUUGCUGCCUAGGUGUUCUCUUUGACUCCGACCUCUCCUUCACCCCUCAUAUCCAUCUCAAAAACAUAACUCACACCUGCCCCUAUUUAACACAAGACGCGGUUAAGGUGCUGGUCCAUGCCAAUGUUCUUUCUCGCCUUGACUACUGCAAUCCCCUUCUCAGUGCUCUUACGUGCUCCCAGAUUGCACCACUGCAUAAGGAAUGCGGCAGUAAGGCUCAUUUUCCUGUCCGCCCACAUCUCCCAUGCCCCCCCUCUGUCAGUUCCUUCCUUGACUUCUUCCUUGAACAUUUGAUUAAUAUUCUGGUGCUUGCUUACAAGUCCUACAUAAUACUGCUCCAACCUACCUAUUCUCCCUAAUACACAAGUAUGUCCCGUCGAGGCCCCUGUGCUCUGCCAAAGACCUACGUCUGUCCUCUGCCCGUACUCCCACAUCUGAUGCUUGCCUCCAAGACUUCUCCAAGGCUGCACCUUUUCUGUGGAACUCUCUUCCCUUCUCCUUUAGACUUUCACCCAGUCUCCACUCAAAAAAUCUUUUAAAACACACUUCUUCAGGAAAGCAUAUCAUAUAAACUGUUAGUGGGUUCUCAUUCCCCUCCUCCCCCCCAUGACUCCUCUCCUGCAACUGUCAAAAAUCACCUACUAAAUUAUCAGUGAAUAUUUUUCUAGAAACCUAUUUCAUUACUCCUACUUAUACCCUUUGUGUCACUAUAACCCACUUCCUCUAGCAUGUAAGCUCAUUAAGCAGGCCCUCUACCCCUCCUGUCCUGUGCGUCCAUUUAUCUGGUUACAAUUACCUGUCUGUCAGUCCACCCAUUGUACAGCGCUAUGGAAUUUGCUUGCGCUCUAUAAAUAAUAAAAUAUUAAUAAUAAUAUCAUUAGGGAAAGUAGGGACUAUUUUGCAUUAUGAUAAAGUACGAGGUUGACAAAACCUGACAAAAGACAGAUAUUACGCCAAAGUGUUUGCUAUUGCCCCAGCCAUCACUAGGGACAGCUGUGGGAAUCAGGCUGCAGGAUUCUCAAUACAGUGGCAUAACUAAUGUAGGGAGGGCCCUGGUUGAAGAAAUUGUUGUGACCCGUUUUGUGCAAGGGUGGCCAAAAGAUAGAUAAUCAACAGUCAUAUUACUCCCACUUAAAUUUACCAGCAGGAGAUCUACCAUUUGCACAUCCUUACAGGGUUUUAUUUGCGAGCAGUGUUUGUGUGUAUGUAAGAUAAAAAAGACAGAAGGAUCAGCACUUAAUAUACCAAACCAAUAGAUAAAUACAUUUAAAAAAUUAGUCGGCACACCUUGAAUAGGUAAGGCUCUCGCUAAGCCCUACGGGUAAGAGGAAUAGUGCACAAGGAGGAAUGGAGGUUGCACCAAAAGAUAUUAAACCAGUGUGUAAAUGAAGAUUACAGCAGAAGGACAAUAAAAAAACAAUAAAUAUAAUCAAUGAUAGUAAUAAAAUGUCCAAUAUUAGUGUCCCAAAUAACAACUUGCCAGAAGAUAUAGCCUCAGUUCUGCCAGGGGAAAUCUUCAAUAUAGUGCCAGAUAUAGAUAUUUUUGGGAGCCUUAUAACAAAACAGAGAGAGCGAAAGACUAAUAGUGCAAUAUAUCCCAGAAGCAGACAAUAUUGAUAAGAUAAGUCUCAUAUAGUCCUAUUCACAUUUAUUAGAGCUUAAAACUAGCUCUAGUAUGAAUAGGGUACUGUGGUAUAAUCUCCACUUAUGGGAUACGUGAGGGGAUGCUGAUAGGGUGAUGUUUCCUCAAUAUGAAGACAAUACAAGGUUAAAAGAAACAACAAUAGUGCUUACAGUAUAUAAAAAACAGGAGUAUAAAAUAAUGAUAUGUUACUCACAUUUGAUUGAGCAGACAGACUGCUCAAUGUACAAAGUAUGAGUGGUAAAAUUCCCCUCCUAGGAUUCUUUAUGAAGUAAUCUUCUCAAGAACAGUAAGAACAGAUGCCAGGUGGAAAACAAUAAAAUAAUAGAAUAGUAAAAGAUAAAAAAAAAAAGUAAAAUGGCACACUCACUAUUGAAAGAAGCCAAAAUACCUAUAUUAAUAAACAAUGUUAAAAUGACUAAUGUAAAAUAUCCACAACGCGUUUCACCGUCAAAGGUUGUUUUUUUUCGGUUAAAAAAUAUUUGGUAAUCAAAGAAAACAUGAAUUUCCUCAUCUCUGCCAUAUAUUUAUUCAGCACAUGUUAUAACAGCAAAUUUUGCAGUCAGUUUACUUGAUAAUUUAAAAUGGUAACAGUACAAAACAACUAGGGAUAUGAAUAAAAAUGUAUUCUGGAGAGCUAUCUAAGUACGAUAAGUGAGACAAUCACCAUGAAAACCCAUGGAACCAGCAGACACAUUCCUUUGGUGACUCUGCAUUACUUUUUAAAACCCACAGUCUGAAAAGUAUUGCAAGGUCGUAUGUGUCUGCUGGGAGAAAACGUAAGUAAUCCCAACAUAUCAUAUGUGUUUCCACAUUACAGCGCUUCCCAUCACAAUUACUGCUCAAUUAAAAUAUUUUUGCAUCCUUUUUUACAGAGAAAUAGCAUGGUUCACAAUAUAUUACUGAAUAGUCCUGACCCGACUAUGUAUAAUUGAACAAGCUCUAAACAAAUUACGGGUAACAUUUUCAAAGAGGUCUCACCUCUGUAAUCUUUCACUAAUCUGGCUCAAACUAUGCUCCCCACAAAUGUACUGCACAUUCAAAUUUGUGAUUAAGAUAUGUUUGUCUUUGUAACAAAUGUUUAUUUUGUAUAUAGAAUUGGAUUCUACCAGGCUCUGCCAAUCCUUUCAUAUGUCAUGUUAUCAGUUUAUGUUUUCACCAAACAUCUUACUGACAACAUGACGUUUGAAAAGAUUGUCCGAGCCUGGUAGAAUCCAAGAGGGAUGCAUCUCAAACUUUGCUAAACACAAAAAACUAUAUUUGCCAAACACAAAAGGCCAUAUUCUGUAUAUAAAUUAAACAUUCACUACAAAGACAAACAUAUCUUAAAGGAGCACUAUAGUGCCAGGAAAACAAACUCGUGUUUCCACAUUACUGGAACACGAAGAGACAUACAGAGGGGCUAAGGAAGGUGAAAAAGAGACACACAAGGGGUUGUAGGACAAAGAGACACACAGAGAGGCUGGGGGGGAGGGGAGAAUGGCACACAAAGGGCUCAGGAAAGAGACAAAUAGAGGGGCUAAGGAAGGUGAAAAAGAGACACCCAAGCUGUUAGGGGACAAAGAGACACACCGAUGUGCUGGGUGGAACAAAGAGACACACAGAGAGGCUGAGGGGGAAGGGGAAAAAGACAGACAAAGGGGUGGGGGGACAAAGAGGCUCACAGAUGGGCUUGGGGCGGAAAUAGGCACACAGAGGGCUGAGGAGAAAGGGAGAGAGGCAUACAGAGGACUGAGGAGGGGGAAGGAGAGGCAAAUAGAACAUUGGGGGCGGGGGGAAUAGGCACACAGAGGACCAAGCAGAGGGAGAGGCACACAGAGGGCUGUGGUGUGGAAGAGGCACACAUAGGACUGAGGGGGGGGAAAAGGUGUACAGAAAGGCUGAUGGUGCAAAUAGACACACAGAGGGGCUUGGGGAGAGAGAGAGACAUAGACAGUACCUGUGGGAGAAGAGAGACCCACAAAGGAGCUGGGGGAAAGAGGGGCUGGGGAAGGGGAAAAAGGGACACACAAACUGUUGGAUUUUUUUUGGGGGGGGGUUGUAAGUAGCAAAAAUAAUCUUGCACUGGCACCAGAUUCUUACAGUUAUUUACUGCAUUACUGUUGCAGCCCCUGUUUGCCAAUACCCCUCUGUUGGUCCCAGGUGCAUGGUCCACCCAGUGGACCCACUGAGCGUGCAGUUCCCUGGUGCAGUCGCACUGGCAGUAGUUCCACCACCGCUAGAUAUGUCUCUGGUAGAAAAGGGUGCAAUAUUUAUUUUAAUUUAGUAGUAAUUGUGACAUGUAAUGUGGAAACACCUAUGAUAAAUUAGGGGUUAUGUAUAAAAUCUAUUAUGUUCUAAAAAGUAGUGCAGAGUCGCCAAAGGAAUAUGCAUGCUGGUUCCACUGGUUUCCUCCGUGAAUGUCACACUUUAGACAACUCUUUAGAGCACAACAUUUUUAACAUAUCUCUCAUUGUUUUGUAUUUAUACCAUUUUAAGUUAUCAAGUGACUGACGCUUUUGCUGUAGUAAUAAUAUGCUGAAUACAUGUAUGGCAGUGAUUAGGAAAUUCAUGAUUACCAAACAUACUAUAUAAAGUUUUAGAACCGGAAUAAAAAAACAUUGAGUGCACAUUUUUUAAAACUUUUUUCUUUUAUCUUUUUUUUUAUACAAUGUUACAAAGAACAUUACAGUGACACUUCCACAUUUUACUUCUACAAUGAGUGCUGAAGUUGGAGCAGAAAUAUUCUGUGUUUUGAGCAACAAUUUUUCUACAUUAUAUUUUAAAGGAACACUCCAAGAACCCUGACCACUACAGAACACUGCCCGGCACUCCCUUCUCAUUUUAAGUUGUCAACGACUGCUGCAAAAUAGUAACACUUAGAAGAGCUUGACUUCUUUCCUGUAGGAUGCAGCUCUCCUUCUCUACUACAUCGGCCAGAGCACACUGUAGUAGUUAUGGUACAUGGAGUGUUCAUAUGAAGUGAGCAUCCACUAUUGAAAUUUCUCAUUUGAACAUUUGGUGCUGGUUCAUAAUUAUUUUUUUUUUUAUCUUGCUCUAUCAGUGCACUAAUGUGUGGAACAGACCACUAUUCAAGGUCUGAAGAUAAGUUGUAUAUUAAAGAACCAGCUAUUAGUUUACUAAAAUAAAAUUGACAAAAAUGUUAAAGGCAGUGAGUUAAGUAGUAGCAAUUUUAAUUAAUGGUGAACUUCCUCUUCACAUGUCAUUAAAAUGUGUCUUUUAUUAGAAAUGUUUUGUUCUGUCAAUAUAUUACACAAAUGCUAAUCCACUGGUUUCUCUCUCUGCUUGAGCACACACUGAUCAAAGUCCAAAUAUCAUUGGAGUUCUUUGGCAACUAGUUUAAAAACUGCUUGGCUAAAACAAAUGUAUGUUGACUCAUCGUGUAUAGAAUGCAUUUUAAUGGUUAAUCAUUCCAAGACUCCCCAAGUCAGUUAAAGGAACACUACAGUGUUAAGAAUACAAACAUGCUAACUAACUAUUUAGGUGACCGGACCCCCUCUGAUCGCAUGGGAAAGGUGAUUUUACUCAUGUUUUUCCAUUCCUCACCUCCAUGGCUGAGAUCAGUCUUAAUAUCAGCCAAUCCAAUGCUUUCCAGAGUCCAGCAAUCAGCAUCUCCUCAUAGAGGGUUUUUAACCCUUACAUGGAAGGGGGAUGGGGCCGCAGGGUAGAGGAACAAUUUAGUGCUAGGAAUACAAAGAUGCAUUUCUAACCAUGCAAAGUUUUUCUUACCACUCAGGCUCACACUCGCUGUAUGUCUGUAAUCAGUAGCCUGAUCCUCUCUAUGGGGAAUGUUCAGCAACUCAAUGCAGAGCGAGAAGAUGCUAAACGCUAGUGCGACUAGGAGGCACCUCUAGUGGCUGCCUGCUGUUCCUAGACAGCAAUGUAGACACUGCCUAUUCUCUGAAAUCUCAGUGUUUACAGCAUUCAACCUGCAAGGACAGGCUAUAGACACCAUAACCACUACAUUAAGCUGUAGUGGUACUGGUAACUAUAGUGUUCCUUUGAAGUUCCCAUAUAUGAUUCAUUUUUGUAGUGUAACAGGGUCACUGGGAGGGUAUAUACAUAUGCAUAUGGAAAGUUCCCUUUCCCCCCGCUUCUAGGGUUAAUACUAGUAGCAGCUUCAGCUGCUACUUAAUUAACACUGUUAAGUCCUAUUUAUCUGCUGAGAUUUUUACUAGGCUACUGGUUACAGACAUACAGCGAGUCUGAGCCUGAGUGGUAAGAAAAACUUUGCAUGGUAAGAAAUGCAUCUUUGUAUUCCUAGCACUAAAUUGUUCCUCUACCCUGCGGCCCCAUCCCCCUUCCAUGAAAUGGUUAAAAACCCUUUUGGUCACUUACCUGAUUCCAGCAACGAGUAACCUUGGUGCUGGGUCACACUCCUUCUCCCUACAAUGUAAACAUUGCAGGGCUAAGGGGAACAGGAACACUGCACCCGCACCACUGCAAUGAGAUGAAGUGGUCUGGGUGAGUAAAGUGCGAGUUUUAUUUAUUGUUUUGUGGUUGGGAAUCGGCUCAGCUGGCCAGUACUGUUAAAACGGAAAUAUAUCUGUUUAGUUAGUCUCCUAAAAGGAGUAGGUUUUUGUUUGCUUUUUGUUUUGAUUAAUGUUUUAAGGGGAAAGAAUACCCUGGAUUUUAAAAACUGUUGGUUCUGUAAAUAAACAUCCUGAAAAAGCAUUGUAGUGGCUGUUCCUGCAGUGGCCUUAUCAGAGUAGCUUAAGAGAAAAGGGUAUUGAACAGCGUAAUACUAAAUUACAGUACAUUAACGCUAAUAAUGGCACAUAUCAGUAUAGAUGUCUAUACAGAGGGAAUAAAACAACCAUAUAAUUGAUAUUCAAUGCAUGCAUCAUUUCACAUGGUAGGAAAUGUUAAUAUGUGUUUGACUUGAGGUUUCCGUUAUUAGAUAAAGGUUGAGUAACACUACCCAAGUUAAUAAUAAAUGUAUACAAAAAUGAUGAAAUAGCUAUGUGUAGGAGCUGAUUGUACUAUCCCAUUAAUUACAAAUAUCUUUUUCAAAAGGAAGUGAAAGUGCUAUUGCACAUGUUUCCACAUUUUCCUUCACUCCUUAUACUUAUUAAAAGGACGCUUUCUCCAAUCCCAGAAAACUAGGAACUUUUGGAUCUAACCAGAUUGUGGUCCAACUACAACUGAGGUUUUACUAUAACUGAUAGUAGCAGUCUUACAUGAAAAUACUGUUCUACAGUAUAUAUAGUAGACUUAUACACAGUAAUAAAUUAGGUUCAGCCAAAUCAGUUAAACCAGAAAAAAACUGAAUUCAGUCAUUUGAAUUUUAGCUCUUCCGAAUAUCAUCCAUGCAAACAGUUAGGAAUACCUAGAACAGAAUUGUGUAUUACCAUUCCAAUUCAGUUCACAUUCGGUUAGUAUUCACGAUUAUGAGUGUUCAGUUACUUUUAAGCAUUUGGUUGUGUAUUUAAAGUGUUCUGGACAUGUGAUCCUUACAUUUUUUCUUUAUUAUCAAUUUAAUUAAAUGUAUUUAUUUGAUUUAGUGGCUCUCCCAUAACCAUCAAUCAUCUCUUUUUCUGGUGCUGGAUCCCGAAGAAAGCUAACCUAUUGGGCUAUUGUCCAUGACUUUUUUCAUGAUACGUCCACAUCGCACUUCGACGUUACAGAAUUCAAACGACAUGUCAAAAUUCUGAAGAAUUGUGGUUUGUUUGAAACUGUAUGAACAGGUCUAAUCUGUAGCUUGAGAUCUUCUUCAGUUGGUGUGAAACCUAGUUUUGCCUGUCAUAGUGAAUGGUUUUGCAAAUUUGUGUAUUAAACCACAAUUACUACACAGUUCUGUGAUUUUUUCUACUGGCUAAAAUAUAAACCACAGCUUAAAAUAUUACGCAAGUAAGGAACAGUUAUCUCCUGAUGUCUCCAGCUACCACUUUCGAUCUGAAGCAUGUAAACAUUACUGCCAGCCAGACUUUUGACUCUGCAAGGGUCUUCGUAGUCCAAAAUCAUAGUAUGAGUAACACUGCUUGCACAAAUACAUGCUUAAAUUUUUCUACCUGAAAUAAUGUGAAUUAUAAAGUAACAAUAUUUUCUUUAGGAACACCAUAGGUAUAAUGGAUAGAUUCAAUUAGUGAAGUAUUUAAUGAUUGGUACUUGGACUCAGCCAAUUGUUUGCAUAUUUACAGUUUGAGUAGUAACAGAGGAUGGUUCAGAUUUAUAAAAAGGCAGGACAUCCAAAGAUAUAUUAAGCCAGCUUUCCUGUGUUGGUACAGUCUCGUGUUGGUUUAGCUAGAGCAGGGCUUCUGACACUGAAACACACUGAUCGACAUCCAGUAAGUGCAAAUUCAUGACAGAUACUGUUAUUUUACAUACAUUUUUACAAUUUACAUUUAGCAUUGUUAAUAAUAAUGAUAAUGAUGAUGAUAAUUUACUUUGUUUUUAUGUAUAUUUUGAGUGAGUAGAAUAAUUUUAGAAAGGAUAUUUAAUUUUUUUAAUGCCUAUUUCUUUGAUUGGCUCAGUUAAUUUAUUUUAUUAGCUAUUAUGACUACAUGGCAUUUUGCUGUAAUAAAAUUAUUAUCGUAUAGCACUGUACAAUACAACAGGAACUUGUCAUGGAAAAAAUAUUUUGCCUAUGUCAUGGGUGCUAAGAUGUUCAUUUUUACAUUGCAUAGUAGUUCAAUUCAUUUCAGUAGAUCUAUAAAAAAAAGUUAAAAUCUGUAUUGUUACGGUUCUGUUUCCGUCUAUGAAGGAUACAUUUUCAGUAGGUGAAUAUGUUUUAUUUCUCCAUAAGUUCUUUAACUCUUUAAAUGGCUGCCUGAAAAUAAUGGAUCAUAGUAGGUUGCCACUGAAAUGCCAGAGAUCAUCUUUUAACUUAUUUGCAUAUUGGGACAAAAGAAUAAAUAUAUUAUUUUGUUUACUCAACUGGUUAAAUGAGGAAUCUAAAGGAUUUUUUGAGCAUUCUGAAAAUUAUUAGGUAUUGAGGGUUACUUACUUGCAGUUAAUCAUUUAGAAUUACUAGGGAUAUUCUUAGUAAAUAGCAAUAGAUAUAUUCAUAAUGAACAAUAGUAAGAAUAACUGACAGUUCCUGUUCCCCAAAGAAUAUACCAUUAUGCAUGUGUUUCCUGAAACAUAAUGUUACCUUAAUAAACUUGGAAGGAUCUUAGAAACAUAGAAUGUGACGGCAGAUAAGAACCAUUCAGUCCAUCUAGUCAGCCCAAUUUUCUAAAUACUUUCAUUAGUCCCUGGCCUUAUCUUAUAGUUAGGAUAGCCUUAUGCCUAUCCCACGCAUGCUUAAACUCCUUUACUGUGUUAACCUCUACCACUUCAGCUGGAAGGCUAUUCCAUGCAUCCACUACCAUCUCAGUAAAGUAAUACUUCCUGAUAUUAUUUUUAAACCUUUGUCCCUCUAAUUUAAGACUAUGUCCUCUUGUGGUAUUUUUUCUUCGUUUAAACAGUCUCCUCCUUUACUGUGUUGCUUCCCUUUAUGUAUUUAAAUGUUUCUAUCAUAUCCCCCUUGUCUCGUCUUUCCUCCAAGCUAUACAUGUUAAGAUCCUUUAACCUUUCCUGGUAAGUUUUAUCCUGCAAUCCAUGAACCAGUUUAAUAGCCCUUCUCUGAACUCUCUCUAAGGUAUCAAUAUCCUUCUGAAGAUAAGGUCUCCAGUACUGUGUACAAUACUCCAAGUGAGGUCUCACCAGUGUUCUGUACAAUGGCAUGAGCACUUCCCUCUUUCUACUGCUAAUACCUCUCCCUAUACAACCAAGCAUUCUGCUAGCAUUUCCUGCUGCUCUAUUAUAUUGUCUGCCUACCUUUAAGUCAUCAGAAAUAAUCACCCCUAAAUCCCUUUCCUCAUAUGUUGAGGUUAGGACUCUAUCAAAUAUUUUGUACUCUGCCCUUGGGUUUUUACGUCCAAGAUGCAUUAUCUUGCACUUAUCCACAUUAAAUGUCAGUUGCCACAAUUCUGACCAUUUUUCUAGUUUGCCUAAAUCAUUUGCCAUUUGGCUUAUCCCUCCUGGAACAUCAACCCUGUUACAUAUCUUAGUAUCAUCAGCAAAAAGACAUACCUUACCAUCAAGACCUUCUGCAAUAUCACUAAUAAAAAUAUUAAAGAGAAUGGGUCCAAGUACAGAUCCCUGAGGUGACAAGUCCAGGCUUCGAAUAUAUUCCAUUAACUACAACCCUCUGUUGCCUGUCACUCAGCCACUGCCUUACCCAUUCAACAAUAUUGGAAUCCAAAUUUAAGAUUGCAGUUUAUUCAUAAGCCUUCUAUGUGCAACAGUGUCAAAAGCCUUACUGAAAUCUAGGUAAGAAAUGUCUACUGGCUUGUCAAGAAAUAAAUCCUUCCAGUUUAUGAUUUUUGAAGGAUCACUUUUUUUAAUUUAAAUGCUUUUUUUUCCACUUCAGUUUGCACAUUACUAUUACAUGUAUAUCUUAAAUGAAUAAAGAAUCAUGUAGGAAACAUUUACAAAAUAAAGCAAAAAGUUAAAUGAUGAACUAUUAAAAAUAACCAAAUCUAUAUUAAAAAUAUACAAAAUAUCCAAUUAUUUUACAAUGUAUUUCUUAUUUAUGUUAUGAGGCGGAUGUGUAGACAUUAAAUAAAAGAAUGGACCAUAGAAUGCUGUUGGUAGUUUUUAGUAAAAAACAUCCAACAGCAUCUGGUAUCUACAAGAUAUUUUAAACUUGUAAGCAUACACAUUUUUGCUUAAUUAAUUAAAUUCUUUAAUUAAAAUUAACAUUCUUCUAAUCAGAAGGUUAUUGCUUUCCUUUGCAUUGCUUUGAAUGAUGGUCUGCAUAAAGUAGGGAAGUCUUCUCUUCAGAGCUACUCAUGAAGUCAUUUACCAGAGCUAGCUGCUCAUGGGUGCUCCACUCUGCUGUGUGACAAAGACAAAGUCUGCUUUGGAUAGAUAUAAUGUAUAUAUUGUUCCUUCAAAAAACUCCAGUAAGUAUAUGGAUUAUACAUUUUACCUACCUUAAACGAGCGCUAUAGUGUUAGUAAUACAAACCUGUAUUCAUGAUGCUAUAAUGUCCCUGUCCCUAACCUAUUAGGUCUGCUCCCACCAUUCUGUAAUAAAUGGUUAAAAAAAAACAUUUUCACUUAUCUAUUUCCAGCAUCGAGGCUCCUUCAGCUCUAGCUAUGUCUCUUCCUCCCGCGACGUACUGGUGAUGGUGGCACCAAAUACGUAUGCUCUGCGCUCAUCACAACUGCAUCAAAGCAUUAAUCUCAGCACACAGUGUACACAGUGUUAAAGCUGCAGGAUACUAAUAGACGCCUUAUCACAUUUGCAGCUUGCAAUAUAAUUACUCUACAGAGGAUAAUAUGGAGCCAAUAAGUAGCUGACAUGGUUAACAGAAUCAACAAUCAUUACAAAUUACAACAGAUUGAUAUCAAAAUCAGAUCAGUCCUCAGAUUCACAGCCCCAAUCAUGCAGUUUGAAGUUUCACAACUUUUCAACUACUCACACCAUUAGUGUCUCAGGUCUCAGAUGUAGAGUGACUGAACACUUAAAAGAAGAUGAUCAGUAUGUGCAAUGGGAGCUAUUAAAACUAUUUGUGACAGGCAGCACAAUGCUCUGUGUCAGAGAUGUGUCGGAAUGAAUAGCCUUGUCUCUUAUAUGGCACUGUAGCUUUACAGAAAAGUGCCAAAGGUAUACAAUGGGGGUAUCGUUAUACUCAGCAGAUGUAGCUGAAUAUAUAUGGGGUUAUGUGCAGGAAUAGCGCACACCAGCUUUACGAAAUACACAUGAGAAGUUCUUUGUUAUAUGUGUAUAUGCCAAAAUAAAGAAAAAACACAAUUUUACUCCAAUAUUUAGCAGAGAUUGGAAAUGAAAUGGCUACGUAAAAAGUGUCAAACUAACCUUAGGUAAAUAGCCUGUGAUGUCUACUUUAUAUAAAUAUAUACUUUUGUGUGGCAAUUUUGUUUUCUUUUAUGGCUAUUAAGCUUACAAGACAAACAUACCAAAUUCUAAAAUCGCUCCACAUUAAAAGUUUAUUUUACUCCUUGUGCUUUGUGACCUGUAACUACCAAAAAAACUUAAAAUCCCAGACACAUUAUAUAUUCUGUAUAUCAGAACAACUAAAUUAAUUUAUUUUUAAUUACUUUCCUUAACCUGCACUAAUUAUGUACACAUUAUUAUUGCAAAAACUGUAAAAAAAAAAGGUUUUUCUAAUUUUUUUUGCAUUUUUCUGUAUUUUUCUUAUAAUAAAUAAGCAUUUUUAUAUAUAUAUAUGUUACAUCAAAUUAAAGCCCUUUCUGUCCUUUAAAAAACAGUAUAUAAUGUGUUGGUGCAAUAAAUUAGUAAAAUGCAAAUUGCAGUUGAACGCAAACAACAACAAAAUGCAAAAAUUGCUUGUGUCAUUAAGCAUAAGACAAGCUUCUGAAGCUGUGUCCUUAAGGGGUUAAAUAACUUUCAUUCAGAUUCCAGGUUACAUCCCUGCUCCAAUCCUCUAAUUUAUUUAUUUUCUCUCUAUUUUCUACUUAGGCUUGUAAGGUGAAAACUCUCUGAUUAAUUUAACAGAGUCAGUGAUUUUGAAUCUUGCUUUUAUCCUAUGACAUAUUAUGCUCAACUAAUUACCAGCAACAAGACAAGUUUUUCAACUGUUGACCUUAUGAAAAUACAAGACGAAUGGGCACUGCUGGAAUGGAGAAAGCUGAUUGCCUGAAAACAAUCUCAAUCCUGGCUGCUAUUAUUUUCCUGCUGCUUCUGUUUGAUGAUGCGGGUUCUGAGAGACUAUUCCACAAUCGAGAUCAUUCAGAUAUUGAGCUUCCACAUCAUCCGCAAGCUGAUCCUAUCCUGAGCCCUGAGGAAGCCCAGGUAAUUCAAACAUAAUAGGGAAAAAUAAUAAUUUUGACAUCUAGGUAAAAAACACAGAAUAGUAUAGGUACACACUGCUGAGUGCGAUGUUAAAUAGAUACUCUAAGCACAAAAACAACUUUGGCUUAAUUAAGUGGUUUUGGUGUAUAGAUCAUGCCCCUGCAGUCUCAUUUAUGUUAUCUGUCAUUUAGGAGUAAAAUUAUGUUGUUUCUGUAUAUGCAAUCUAGCCACACUUUCCCUGGUUGUGAUGGACACAGCCUUCAUAUGUCAAGUUAUCUGUAUGUAGCUGUAGUGCCUCUUUAGACCUGAGUCAUUUUAGAUGCAUGCUGUUCUGGCAUAGUUUUUGAUGCACGUAGUUCCAGCAUCAUUUUUGAAGAUGGGCAUUCUGAGUCUGCAUCAUUUUAUAGCGUCAAAUAAGUGACACCGAACAUCCUCCGUCAUUCCUGUGACAAUGUUUUGGCACGUUCUGGGCACUCAAUAAUGACGUAGAGUGUCAAUUACUAAAACUACUCACAUUUAGCACAUUAACCCAUUGAGGUUCCACCUUGGUCCCAAUGGUGUGUUCUUUAUGUGGUUGAUUAUCUGUUAUUUAACUUGGAUAUGCUCUGACUAUUCUGACCUCCACUAUUCCUUGACAUUCAGCAUCUCCAUCAGGGGAAACCCAUUAUAAAUUAAUUCUGGGGAUUGGGGGAGGGGGGGUGAUCUAAAUAGAUAGUAUAACACUAUUGACUUAGAAAUAGUCAAGUAGGCUUUCCAGCUUGGUUGACCUAAUAGAAGUUUGGUUUCUGCUGCAGAUCUACCUAAUUUUAAUGUCUUCUCUUCAAUCUUCAUCCCAUUUACCAUUAGCAAUACCUUGUAAAAUAUGGCUGGGUGGCCCCAGUUCAUUGGGAAGAACAGACUUACCCUGAAAUCCCAGAGUUUGACCAAGCUCCACAAGAUGUCUCGCAGGCGAUAUUAGAAGGACAAUCUUCAGAGCGGCAUAGUUUGAACACAACCAAAAAGGUUGAAUUAAACCCAUUGUUUUCCGAAUCAUUGAAAAAAUUUCAGGAAGCUAAUGGGCUCAAUGCUACAGGAAUCCUUGACAGUGCUACAAAGAUAGCCAUGAACAAACCCCGCUGUGGUGUCCCUGAUCACAAAACCCCUUCAAAACGUGGAAAAAAUGGGACUUUGAGUCUCAUUGCUGAGGAGAAAGAUUCCCAGCAUAAUAACUCACAAAUGGAGAGAACCCAACGACAAAAGAGAAGUUUGCUUUCCAAAAUUGUGGAACACCACAGAAGGAAACGAGAUAGCCAAGGAACUUUGGGAAACAGCAAUUCUUUGAGUUUUUCUAAGAACACACUUAAAUGGAGGCUAAUGGGAGAAGGGUAUAGCAUGCAGCUGACCAUAGAACAGCAGAGACAGAUACUCAAGAAGGCUUUUCGGAUGUGGAGUGAGGUGAUCCCUCUACAAUUUGUAGAAGACCUCAAUGGAGAUGAUGUAGACAUUCGGGUUGGUUUUGGCACAGGUAGGUGAUAACUAAAACAGUUCUAUUCUGCAUAACACGAGGGGUUUAUCCCUGAAAUAAAAAAAAUAUUCUAUCUGUUGACUUAAAGCUCAUGAAAGCAGGCUCCUAGGAACAUUAAUUGCUCAGUAAAUACAUUCUUUCUAAUUUCUCUGAAUUCUAUGAGGUUGGUUCCUUUUAAAAUACAAUAUGUAUUUAGAUCAGGAACAAGCAUUAAAGGGACACUAUAGUCACCAGAACAACUACAGCUUAUUGCAUUUGUUCUGGUGAGUAAAAUCAUUCACUUCAGGCUUUUUGCAGUAAACACUGUCUUUUCAGAGAAAAUGCAGUGUUUACAUUACAGCCUAGUGAUAACUCCACUGGCCACUCCUUAGAUGGCUGCUAGAGCUGCUUCCUAUCUCAGUCUUGCCUAGUGAGCAUCAAAACAUAUCAGUAUAUCCAUAGGCGUGCGCAGCCUAUUGUUUAAGGGUGUGCACCCUAAAGCACAAAUACACGCCGUGUAUAUAUAUAUAUAUAUAUAUAUAUAUAUAUAUAUAAAUGUUUGUGUAUAUAUAUAUAUAUAUACAUACACACACACACAUAUACUGCUGUGUGUGAGUGUGCUGUGUGUAGGUGCUGUGUGUGUGUGAAGGCGCUUUGUGUGUAGGCGCUGUGUGUGCAGGCGCUGUGUGUGUGUGAAGGCGCUGUGUGUGUGUGAGGGCGCUGUGUGUGUGUGAGGAUGCUGUGUGUGUAAGGGCGCUGUGUGUGUAAUGGUGCUGUGUGUGUGAAGGCGCUUUGUGUGUGUGCAGACGCUGUGUGUGAGAGCACUGUGUGUGUGUGUGAGGGCGAUGUGUGUGUAAGUUCGCUGUGUGUGUAAGGGUGCUGUGUAUGUAAGGGUAAUGUAUGUGUGUAUAAGGGUAAUGUAUGUGUGUGUAAGGGUGAUGUUAGUGUGUGUGUUUGUGUGUGUGUAAGGGUGCUGUGUGUAAUGGUGCUGUUAGUGUGAGGGUGCUGCUAGUGUGUGUGUAAGGAUGAUGUAUGUGUGUGGGUGCUGUUUGUGUGUAUUGUGUGGGGGAGGGGGUGCCGUUUAGUUAAUAUCCCCCCUCCCUUCUUACCUUUUGUACGUAGGGGGGACCAUGCUGCUGCCAUCCCUGGUGGUCCAGUGGUGAGUGAAAUCUAGCCCCGCAACCUGCGGGGUUAGAGUUCAGUCUCGCGAGAUCUGAGCUUGCCGCGGCAAAGCUCCGAUCAUGCGAGAGGAACCCGGCAGAGCUGCUGGCAAGGGCUCCCCCUGGGUCCUCUCCUGCCUCUGCCCCUGAUCUGCCACCUUGACAGUCUCAGCCAAUCCUUUUGGGAAACACAGUGAUUGGCUCUGACCACCACUUCUGAUUAUGUCAGCAGGCAGCUGACAGUUUCACAGGCAAACAGGGGCAGAGGUAGCAGCUGCAGAAUUGAAUACAAGUAAGAUUUUACUAUUUUUAGUGAGGCCAGGGGGGCUAUAUGGUGGUUUUAACACUAUAGGGUCAGAAAUAUAUGUUUGUGUUCCUGUCCCUAUAGUGCUGCCUUGAAGAAAACACAUCAGAUGCAGGUCAUUAGUGAGUUUCUCCUGACUUAAGAAACCUAGAGAAAAGGUUUUGUGCACUGAAUGUGCAUUGAAAACCAGUGUCUCAAAUUACUAGGGAUGCUGGUGAGUUUAUGUGGACCUAUCUUGGGUUCAGUAAUAUUUGAAAAGGGUUUAGAAAAAUAUCCCAAACUUUCAUGUCAAGUUUGGUCUUGAGUCUAUCUAUAUUUUUCAUGUGAUGCUCCAUUUUCUCUAAAUGUAUUGAAGGUUUUGUGAAUGACAUCACAAGCCAUUUCAACCCUAGUGCAUCCUGGAUUCACAUUGUGUUUACUCUGUUAAAUCGCAGAAAAGGGCAGAGCUUGCUACAAGAGUGAGGGAACUAGUUCCAAGAUAUACAUAAAUAUAUUGCUGUGGAUUUUUAUGUUCAAUUUUGUUUUUCUGACCUCAAAUACAUAUUUGUUUAAGGCAGCAAAAAAAUUAUAAUUGUGAAAAUCCUGGGAAGUAGCAGUUUCCCUUUAAACAAACUUUUUAUUACUGCAUUGCUAAAUAAAUGAGUUCCACUAAAUUAGGUAACAAUAUCUAUAUUCCAGGACAUACUUAAGAAUAUUAAAUAAUAAGUGUAUCGUUCCUGAAUAAACAAUCUCAUAUUAUUCUAUAUUCUAUGAAGCCAUACACAUCAAAGAUUAUCUCCUGAUUCUGUCUUUUCUACCAGGACAGCACCUUGGUUGCUCCCAGGCAUUUGAUGGAGAAGGGCAGCAAUUUGCUCAUGCCUGGUACCUAGGAGAUAUUCAUUUUGACGAUGAUGAACAUUUUGUUGGGUUAUCGAGUGAGCAUGGGAUCAGCCUUCUAAAGGUAAGCAAAAUUUAGCCUGAAUUUUCUUACAUUGAUAUACCUGCUCACCUCAGUCUGGUCUCGAAAUAUCCACUGUGUAACAUGUUCAUAUCUAGCUAUGUGACCUUCUCUUCCCUGUGUGACUAUUUCAACAAGAUGAGUUUGACACUUGCAUCCUUUGCCUACAAAUGUUUGAUGCACAAGUUGAAGUUUACCUGAAACCGGGAAAUAUUAGACAAUUAUAAAUCACAAUGGACAGAAACUGCCUAGGUAGUCUGUGUAUAUUGAAAAUCAUCAUUGGCUCAAUUUGUGAUACCUAGUACACAAAUACAUAUGUUAUCUACAUCUCAAGUUAUGGAAUCAUCAUACUACCCAACAUAUUCUUGUUGGCCAAAGAAAAAACACUUUUACUGCAGUUUAUACAUCCAUAACUGUGGUUCUCCAUGAAACACUUGUAAUAGGAAACAUUCUGAGGUAGAAAAGACACUCAGUUGGAUUUUGCUCUCUUGCAAAAGGUGGAAACUUUCACCGUGUCUUCAUCCUUCCAAAGCGUGCACCAACAACAGAACCACUUUCUACCUGGAGAUAUUCUGACUUAUUAAUAGACUUCUGGUAAUUGCUACUAAAUGUGUCAAUGUUUAUGUAUAACAAUCAUGCCAAAUUGUCUUUCUUUUUCCUUCUGAUUUACAUAUAUAAUUUCGGUUAUGCCAAACUGACAUAGAAACAUAGAAUGUAAUGGCAGAUAAGAACCAAUCAAAAAGAUCAAUAAGAUUAGUUUGGCAUGAUCUCCCUGAAGUAAACCGAUGUUGUCUCUGAUCUUGAAAUCCAUGUGAUUUUAGAUGUUCAACAAUUCUAUCCUUUAACAGGGUUUCCAUUACUUUCUCCACUACUGAAGUAAGGCUUACUGACUUAUAGUUGCCCGACUACUCCCUAUUACCUCCCUUGUGAAUGUGCACAACAUUCACUAACUUCCAACCUUUUGGGACUACUCCUGUUAACAAUGAUUGGUUAAAUAAAUCCAUUAAUGGUUUUGCUAGUACACCACUAAGCUCUUUUAAUAACUUAGGGUGUAUUCCAUCAGGCCCCAUUGUCUUAUUUGUCUUUACUUUUUUUUUUUUUUUGUAUUUUAUUGAAUUUUAUGCACAUAGGCAAAAACAUUCACAUCAGAGUAUUGGUGUUAGGGAAAAAAGUCCUGUUAUAUAACUUAACAUAAUAUAAUGUUAUGUAUGGGGCAUUGCGCAUGGGGUAUUCUGUGCAUACCACAUCAACUCAUGCUGUCUGCUAUCGGUGGUGUAUAUCAGAGUCCAGGUGAUACCGCCAUCUGGCGAGUGCUAUAAGGUCUGCGAUAAGUUGGUGGUACCUGGUGAGUAUGUGUGCGGGUAAUGGGUCGGUGCGGUGGUAGGGGGUCAGGGGUCAGGGCAGUCCCAUGGGUUGGGUCUAUGCUGGUAGCUCAGGUGUACACUUCUUUUCCUGAUAUUCUGGUAGUCACAAUCUGCGGACUCCCAGGCUGUUGGUCCUAAGGUGGGUGCUCACUCUCUCUUCCCCUGCUGUUCCCUGCUAUCUCCCGUUGGAGCUGCUUGUGCCCACUCUUGUCGGUGUUUCAUUCUGUGCUAUGCAGCAGUGUAGUUUCUCUGGGUCUUCGUCACAGGUAAGUGUGAGGAUUUGGUCGCCGUGGGACACCAUCAGGGUUCCGUCAGCUCCCCAGCAGUACCGUACCGAGUUAUCUCUCAAUUCUUUGGCCAAUGGGGCCAGUUUUCGUUUUUCUAAUAGUGCUGCAAAGGGGAUGUCGCUGAAGAACAGGAUAGUGGCACCUUCGCGCUUCCCAUCGCUCUGGAGCAUGCCAUGAUGGCAUUUCGUACGGGUAUGUCUCUGUUAACAAUUACGGUGUCUCUGCCUCUGGUGCCGACAGUGCCUUCCUGACCCUGAACGCUGUGAGAAUCAUCGAGGGGUCUGCAGCUCCCUUCAUGCCAAUGGUUGUAAUUAGCUUUUGGGUGUACGGGAGCAGUGCGCCUCCUUUGACAGUUUCAGGUAUGCCCCUCAGGCGUAUGUUGCAGCGCAUGUGUCUGGCCUCCAGGGUCGCCACCAAGCGUUGUAGCCUCUGAACCUGCUGUGUUAAGCUGUCCAGGGUAUUUUCAUUGGUUUGCAGCCGAGUGUCCUGGGCAUUGCCUCUCUCCCCGACCUCUUGGAGUUUAGUUUGUAUUACCCCCAUAUCUUGUCGUAUCUCCUGGAGAUCCGACUUUCAAAUUUGGCGCAUCUCCAGGAGCAUUUGUUUAAUGUCCCCCUUGGUUGCUGGGGACGAGUCAUCAUCAGAUUCAGCUUCCCGGUGCAAGUCGCUCUGCCUUGCAGAGGUGAGUGGUUCCUCCGCCUCCUCUUGGGAGUCUUCUGAUGUGUCUCCUGUUCGGCUUAUUGCAGGCGCCAUUUUAGGCGGCGCUGGCGGGGUAGGCCGCUCGAAUGAGAGCCUUAUAUCUCUCUGUGUAGGGAGUUCUGGUACUUGAAAUUUACGGUGCUUGCACCCCAUGCUGUCUCUGGGGGGGUGGGAUUGUGGGGGUUCCUCUCCGGAUGAAGAUGCCGGUGUAGUUUAUAUAUAUUCUUCGAUGUGAAGCGGAGCUCCACAGAUACACGUCUGUACAGUUUCUUUUUUCCUAGUUUGUUGCAAAAUUGGAAGCGCUUCAGACUAGAUUUUUGCCAUAUUUUGGAUCAACAGCAAAAACAUAUGUGAGGAAGGCUGAACUUGAUGGACGCAAGUCUCUUUUCAACUAUGUAACUAAUCCUUGUUUUACUUUCCUUUUCUCAUUUAUGUAUAUAAAAAAUGUUUGUCCCCUUUUUUUACUGACUGUGCUAGCAGUUCAAAUAAGGUGGUUUUGGUUUGUUUUUAAGUUACGUCAGAGUAUAUGCACUUGACAAAGACUUUAUAACUGAAAUGUGUUAUUGCCUCCUUUCUGUACUAACAUUUGAAGGAAACACUACAUUGACUACUAUGCUUUAUCAUUCACUUUACUAAGCAUUGAUUACUAGAUUAUUUAUUUUUUGCUUUUUGAUCCUGUGCUAUUUCAUAACUGUGGAGGUUUUGUAUUUUUGAGAUAUGGAUUUAUGUAUAGCUAAGUUUUAUAUUGCUAUAUUUGUAAUAAGGUUUUUUAUUUAUUUUGGUGUGAAUUUGUUUUUUCCAUUAUGCAUUAUACCUUAGUUAGCUUCGGGACUAUCCUUAACAUUAUUGUACCCACCACUGAUAUAUAACUAGUGUGCAUGGUCCGUAUAACCUUGUGCGCAAAUGGAUACUAAUAUAUUUGUUUUUUAAGUUUAUCAUAAUCAAAUGCAUAAUGGACUGUUUAUAUUGUUUUAUUUAUGUAUUUAGUGUGUUGCUUGUGUUUAACACAAAAUGGAGCAUGCAUUUUAAAUAAAGGAAAUGUAGUUACUACUAGUUUUUUUCAUGAUACUGACAAUAUUUCUAUUUGAAUGGACUAAACAUACAUUCUUAGUCUGAUACGGUAUUGUGGUAUUCUUAAUCUGACAUAGUAAGAACUGAACAUAAAUAUAACUGACUUGGAGUUGGAGACAUUGCCUGUCUGAGAUGGAGGUGUGUUGUGUGAGUUCUGUCUUUCAUGCCUUUCUAUAGUAAAUUUACUUGCCGUUAUUGUUUGUCCCUGCCUAUAAAUUGGCCAGUAUUCGGCUGAUUACUGACUAAAUUAUGAUCCAUGCUAGAUACUAGCUCUGAAUCCCAUUAUAUAGGAGCACUGUUCCAGAUUCACUUAAGAUGGCACCUGAUGUGGCCUACUCACCACCCUCCUCAGAGGACUACAGUCUGGAAGAUGACUUACCAACUUCAUCAAACAUAUGGGACAGUAGACCUAACACUUUGACCCAGGAGAAUAAUGCCUCCUCUACUAAAGCUGGCAUUAAAGCUCUGCUGAAAGAUAUGCAAGCGAUGUUUCCUAGGGGUAGUCAGGGAGGAGGUGGCCACCUUCCCAGGCCACAUUGCUGCUGUGGAGGAAGACGAAGGAGCUGCUAGUGUUGCACAAAUGGCUAUGAAUUCUGCAAUACACACAGUCUUGAAGAAUUUAUUCAGCAUUAGCUGCACAUGUAGCAGCCUAAACAGGCUCAGCUGCUUUCACUGGAUGGUUGUUUCAGGAUACCCAACACUAAAUGCCUCUCAAAAGGCUUCCAGAAAUGUACCCAUCAAGAUCCUGAAAGACUCAGACAGGACAGUGCUUAUGUAAGCCUCUCGGAGCUAUCCCAUUUUGUUAUUUUAAGAGUCACAUCUUUUUAUAUGGAUUUGUUCAGGCAAACAGUUGUUUGGUAACCGUUAGCUUACUAAGCUUCUACGAGACAAGGAGAUCUCCUACUAGUUGGAACAUUAACAGCUGGUGAGCACAGUGGUAAAACCUACUUCCUUACUUCUAUGGCAGACGUUCUACCUAUCUCCAUACUUUGAGCCUCUCAGUGGACUCCUUGCGCACCACCAGUGGAAUGUCAAUGCAAUUUUACCCUUUUUCCUUGGACCCAGCACACCAAUGAAAACAGAGCUUCCAACUUGAUUCUGUUCAGCAACCACUUUCUAUACUUAUAUCUUAGGCCUCAAAUUAAUAUUGUUGGGUAAGCUUUUCCUAUGAUUUGAUAAACUUUUAAAAUAUUUUUAAACAUAAAUAUAACUGACUUAAAAUAUCAAAAUUAUAUAUUUUAUAUAAAAUAUAUCAAUAACUAUCAAAAUAUUACAAAAUUAGAAUAUUUUCCAUACUAUUGAAUUAUUUUAAAAGUUUAUCCUACAAUAUUAAAUCGAGGUCCUAGUUAACCUUGCCCAGCAGACUUUAGUUAGCCUUAUUUUUGCAGAUUGUCACCCUCUACCUCCUUUUCAAGCAUAUGCUGUGUGUUACCAUUAAAAGUGUUUUGAUUUUUUUCUUUAUUUUGGGCAUAGUACACUGGCUGACUUAUAUAUUUUUUUUUUAUGCUGUCCAGCUCAAGUUUAGGCCUGAUAUAUGCUGUCUACUUAAAUGGUUAAAUCUGUAUCGCUUACUUUCGCUAUAUAUUAUGCUGCCAUUUUCUUUCCACAUGUUGUGGUUGCUAUGCCCAUUUCAUCUUUAUUCAUUCUACCCAUGCUGAACUUUUUUAAAAAAUAAUGAAUUAUGAAAAAACCAUAACUAACUUGCAGAGUUUUCCCAAUACAGCUAAUUUGCCCUCAAACUUUAAAUUCAAUUUGAAUUUCUGGCAAUUCAUACUUUAGUGAUUAACUGUAAAUAAUACAUGGGCAAAGGCAUCUCAUCUCAAUGUGGGCAAUAUAAACACAGAAAUCUAAUGGAUUUGCUGGCUCGCAUCACAGGAAGAUGGGAAAAUAUAGUCUAGUAUUACAAAACCUGCUAUCAAUCUCUGCCUGGCAUUGACUACAAUUGUGCUUUGUUUAAUAAUUAUAUUAUUUUAGGCCAACAAUCAAUGUACUGAUUAUUAUUUUUUUUCAGGUUGCAGUACAUGAAAUCGGUCAUGCUCUUGGACUGCCUCAUAUUAACCGUUUGGGGUCAGUGAUGCAACCAAAUUAUGUUCCACAAGAAGGGAAGUUUGAGCUGAACUGGGAAGACAGAAAAGCAGUCCAGGAGAAAUAUGGUAAAGUGACCCAGCCAAAAUAAAAGUGUUGGAAAAAUAUCUCUGAAGUGGCGCUUCUUCGCAGUUUGAUUGUUUGGGCCUAUUAUAUGCAACUCUAUAAAAAGAAAAGGAGGAUGUAAAUACCCCAUUCUUUUUCAUUAUUUAAUUUAAAGACACAUAUAACUUUGUCCUGAAAGGCAAGAGAGUAAUUUGACUUCAGAACUAUUGAAUAAUUACCGGUUCAUCAAACAUUUAUAUUUUAAGACUAAACUUGGACUUAGACACUGAUGACUGCAAUAUUUAUACUCAUUAUAUAUUAAUAUUUGCCAAUAUUAUGCCAAAUGAACACUAUCAUGAAAAUAUUUGGCUCUCCAGUUUAGCUUGAAGCACAACGUAAAUUAGUAUAUCUAAACCUUGAGUAGGAACCAGAUAAUGCUCCUCCGUGUUAUUUCAGUGGGUCACUAUUGGUAGAAAUCGGUGCAUCAUAAUAGUUAAGAAUUAUUUGAUAUGGGGUAUUUUACAAUAUUUUAAGGUGUUUUACAAAAAAUAUUUUUCACUUAUUGAACAAACCUUUACACGAAGAUAGACAGAGAUAAUGAGAUCUGUACAUAGGAAAACUUUGAAGUAAAAACAUUUAAGUUAUGUUUAAAAUUGUUAAAUCUGUCGUAACUCCCCAUUUGAGACAUUUUCUUCAGUGCCUUAAUACACUUCUUUAGAGUUUAGGCUCAAUUUUUUUUUUAAAUUACCCCACACUAAAUCACACAAAUCAUACCUGUCAUGUAAGUCAAACAAAGCACCUAAGGCUAGAGAUUGUUCCAAGUAUUUCAUGCAUUAGAGAAAUAAUAUAUUAAAAUAUGGGUAAAAUAAUACAAAAUAACUAUUUUAUAGAUUCCAAGUUUUUCGUUUCAGUGUUCCAAAUGAAAGGUAUGCCAUUUUUGGGUAUUCAAUUCGACACUUAAGUCUUUAACAGUUACAUAGAUCAAAUAGAAGAAACUGUUGUUUAAGCUAAUACUGAAAAACGAACUAUACACUGAUCAACCUCAACAUUGAAACCACCUGCAGUGCCUAAUAAUGUGUAGGUCCCCCUUGUGCUGUCAAAACAGCUCUGAUACAUUAAGACUUGAACUCCACAAGAUCCCUGAAGUGUCUUGUGGAAUCUGGCACUAAGACAUUAGUAGCAGAUCCUUUAAGUCCUGCAAGUUGCAGGGUGCAGCCUCGUGGAUUGGACUUGUUGUUCCAGUACAUCCCAAAUAUGCUCAAUUGGACUGAGAUCUGGGGAAUUUGAAGGCCAAGGCAAUACUGUGAUCUCUUUGCCAUGUUCCUCAAACCUUCCAGAACAAUUUUUGCAGUGUGGCAGGGUGCAUUAUUCUGCUGAAAGAGCCCCCUGCCUUAAGAAACACCGUUGCUAUGAAGGGGUGUACGUGUCCUGCAACAAUCUCAAGGUAGGUGGUACAUGUCAAAAUAACAUCCAGAUGAAUGCCAUGACCCAAGGUUUCCCGGCUGAACAUUGGCAGGAUCAUAACACUGCGUCCACCAGCCUGCCUUCUUCCCAUGGUGCAUCUUGCUGCAAUCUCUUCCCCAAGUAAACGAUGCAUAUGCAUCUGACCAUCCACCUGGUCUAAAAGAAAAUGUGAUUCGCUGACACUCUUGUAGUUCAUUGUCAAGUUUUUCUUGGUUGUCUUUCCAGGGAAUAAAACAAAUAAAUGCUUUGUUUGCAAGUUGGGCUCUAGCUUUAAAUUACAAUAAUACACAUAGCAUUAUAAGGCAACCAUAAGCAACCUCCCAAUUCCAAGGGGUUAGACAGGGGCCAGAGAUUCGCCAUCUCUGUACUAAGAGAAAUUUGUAAACUGCCUUGUCUGUUAUUACCACCUCUGACAAUCUUCUUGAUACAGUCUACUUGGCUAUUGUUUAAAAACUAUUCCUUUGUCAUUACCAGGUUCCUGUGAUGGGAGUUUCAGCACUGUUUUUGACUGGGUGAGAAAAGAGAGGACUUCACGAGGAGAGAUUUAUAGAUUCAAUACUUACUUUUUUAAGACUGGCUGGUAUUGGAUGUAUGAGAACAAUGGCAACCGGACACGGUUUGGUGAUCCUCGGCCUAUCACAGCAGGUUGGAUGGGGAUUCCAGCGAAAGGCAUUGAUGCCUAUGUACAUGUGUGGAACUGGAAUAUUGAUGCACAGUAUUUUUUUAAAGGUAGGGGAAUAACUUUAUAUAACGUAAAACUCUCCCUUUGUCUAUAUUUCCCAUGGAUCUUUGCCUUUACAGUUGCUUGCCUCACAGGUUGAGCCCUUGAGUUAGACAGCUGCAGUUACUUACACUACCAGCUGGUGUGGAUACAGGGACCCAGGACAUUUAGCAGGUCUUGCAAGGCUUCUAGACAGAAAUAGAAGUUAGAUACUGACCAGCAUGUAACUAACAAACAAUCACUAGCACAUGGAGCUAAUUAAGUAAGGAGGCACAGCCAUCUGCAAGAUCAGAUGUUUCUAUUGUCGCUUAACAUAAAUUUCAACAGUCCUUGACGACACACUCCAGCCCUUAUCUGGACUGAGUAACGGCUCAAAUUCUACCUACAGCCUAUGCGAAUUUUGGAAUUAUACAGAUUCCCUGCACUUGAGCAGCCUCAGUAUAGUGUCUGCCCCAUGCCCUCCCCCUUUGGAUCAGUGGCGGUUAUCCCAGGCUCCACUGGUGUGGUGAGUAUAUCCAUCAGAUGGAGAGUUAUGGUUUGUCCGGUACUGCAUUGGAUAUGCAGCCUGUACCUACAACGUCUGCAAUGCCUGCAUUAUAGAGUACUUCCGCCAUACAAGUGCCAAGAAUGGAUGAAUUUGAUGAGACCUUGAUGAAAGCUGCACAUGAUUCUUGGCUUGCACAGCUCACUGUAAACUUUACAAUCAAGCAAACAUGCUGUAGUGUACAUCCUGGACCAGCCAACCAUGUCUCGGCAUUCCAGCUGCCUGUUUUACGCGGCCACCAACCUAGGCCGUGCGCCUGUAGGGUAAACUCCUAUCACAUGACCCACAACCUUUGUACUUGAUUUGCGUCCCUGUAAAAGUCACAUUAUUUGUUGACUGGGGCACCUGGAGCGUCCACAUCGAUAGACUAUGUGUCGGUUCUAUAACAGUGUGGGGCUGGAGGAGCCAUCCAUUGGCAUAUCUCCAUAGCAUUGCUUUCCUGGUCCUCGUGAAGAUCAGGGGCAGAGCCAGCACAAGUCAAACACAGCCCUGGCCAAUCAGCAUCCCCUCAUAAAGAUAAGUUGAAUUAAUAAAUCUCUGAGAAAAGUUCAAUGUCUGCAUGCAGAGGGUGGAGACACUGAAUGGCAGUGCUGCUUUGUCUGCAGCAUUGCCCCAGGAAGCACCUCUACCAGCCAUCUGAGGAAUGGCCAGUGGAGCUUUACCUAGGCUUUAAUGUAAACACUGCAUUUUCUCUGAAAAUACAAUGUUUACUGCAAAAAGCCUGAAGGGAAUGAUUAUUCUCACCAGAACAAAUACAAUAAGCUGUAGUUUUUCUGGUGUUCUUUUAAUUUUAGAAAUCGACACCUCUUCAUCCUGCAACUGGGCACAGCCAUCUUAACUCCCUGUCAAACAUUGUUAUAAGCUCUGUCCUUUGCUCCUGGUGGUCAGCACAAAUAAAACAUACAGGAUAAUUGAAAAACAAAACAAUAUUUAUUCUUCUCUCUGAAUUUGCCAUGUCUGUACUGGACAUUUGCUAAAUAAUAAUAGGGAUGUGUAUGGGAAAAAUAUUCGGUUCGGUUCGGCAUUCCGAAAUUUUGGACUUCGGCACUUCGGUUCGGCAUUCCAAAAUUCGGCAUUUCAGAGCUUCGCCACUUCUGAACUUUGGGACUUCGGGACAAGUGUAGGGUUAGGGUAGGGGUAGGGGAGGGUUAGGUUAGGGGUAGGGUUAGGGUUGGUUUAGGGGUAGGGUUAGGGUAGGGCUAGUGGUAGGGUUAGAGGCAGGGUUAGGGUAGGGCUAGUGGUAGGUGGGGAUAUGGUUAGGGUAGGGCUAGUGGUAGGUUUAGGGUUAGAGGUAGGGAUAGGGUUGAGUUAGGAGCAGAGUUAGGUUUAGGAGUAAGGUUAGCUUAGGGGUAGGGUUAGGAUUAGGGUUAGGGUUACCUAACCCAACCCCAACCACUAACCUUACCCCAAAGCCGACUCCAACCACUAACCUGAAUCAUACCCCAACUCCUAACCCUACCCCAACCCUCUCCUGUUUUUCCACUUUUCAGAAAUCCGAAGCACUUCGGAAAUUCAGCAAUUCGGUUCGGCAUUCCGAAAUUCGGAACUUCGGCACUUUGGAAAUUCAGCACUUUGACAAUUCGGUUCGGCAUUCCGAAAUUUGGCACUUCAGACAUUCGGAAGCACGAAACGAAUUGCACAUGUCUAAAUAAUAAUAAUAAUAAUAAUAAUAACAAAGUAUUUAACCAGGAAAGGAACAUUCAGUUUGCUCUGGUUUUCAAGUACGUCGUGGGGAUGUUGCCCCAUAUCCAGGGGAUGCUACUAAUCAUAUAUAUAUAUAUAUAUAUAUAUGUGUGUAUUUAUCAUGAAAAAGCUUAGCAGAAGUUAUAGGUGAAUUUCAGUCUUAUAUCGAAUGGUGUAAAUUCCAGAGAAGCAACAGUUCCUUGGUAAACAUUAUUUUAAAUAGUUAGUAAUUACUAAAAGAAGAAACUGUGUUGUGGGAUAUUGCUGGGAGUCACACAACUCCUUUUCUUUGAGAAUUUAGGCAUACUAGAUUUUGGAAUUUAUAGAAUACAGUUGCAAUGAGAAGAAUUGUUGUUUCUUUACAGUUAUUAAUUAAACUACAAUAAUGGCGAGAUAAUUUAUUUUGAGGAGUUAAGUUUGCUUAACUCCUCAAAGAUUGAGUAUAUACCUAAACAUAAGUAAUCUUCUUAAUAUAAUAUGCCAAAACAGCCAGUAAAUACAGGCAAUGGCAGUUAAGCUGCAAACACACUGAUGCACAGAAAAAUACACAUUGACAAAUACAGAUAACCAGUCACAAUGGGUAUCUGGCUUUCUGUAUUUCUGAGUGUUUCUGGCACUGUCUACCCAUGUAUAAGCCUGAGAUUGUCUGACAGAUAGUAUCCUAGUGUGUGAAUGUAUGUCUCUGUGAGAAUGUGUUUCUGGGACUGUAUGUGUGUGGGGUAGCUGCUUGCAGUAAGUUGUAUGUAUGGAGAGCUGCCUGUGGCCUUUGUGUGUUGUGAUAUAUCGCAAAGCUAUGUUUAAUGACUGUGUAUGUAUGAUUAAUGUCUUCAUAGGCUGACUGUGACAGUAUGAGUAAAGGGGUAACUGUUGCACAGUGAGUGUUACAGGGUGGUGAGUGUAACAGAAUGAAGGAUGGUGAGUGUGAUAAGAUUGGGGAGUGAGUGUAAAAUAGUUGGGGGAGGGAGUGUGACAGGGCAAAGGGGGGUAAAUGUGACAGGAUUAGAGGGGUUAAUGUGACAGGGUAAGUGGAGCAUGGUUGGGGGGUGAGUAUCACAGAAUUGGGGGUAAUGUGGCAUGGUUGAAGGAGGUAGUGUGACAGGUCGUGGGAAGGUGAAUGUGACUGGAUUAGAGGGGUUAAUGUGACAGGGUAACUGGGGCAUGGUUGGGGGGGUGAGUAUCACAGAAUUAGGGGUAAUGGUUGGCAUGGUUGAAGGACGGAGUGUGAAAGGGUGAGGGGAGGUGAAUGUGACAGGAUUAGAGGGGUUAAUGUGACAGGGUAAGUGGAGCAUGGUUGGGGGUGAGUAUCACAGAAUUGGGGGUAAUGUGGCAUGGUUGAAGGAGGUAGUGUGACAGGUCGUGGGAAGGUGAAUGUGACUGGAUUAGAGGGGUUAAUGUGACAGGGUAACUGGGGCAUGGUUGGGGGGGUGAGUAUCACAGAAUUGGGGGUAAUGGUUGGCGUGGUUGAAGGAGGGAGUGUGAAAGGGUGAGGGGAGGUGAAUGUGACAGGAUUAGAGGGGUUAAUGUGACAGGGUAAGUGGAGCAUGGUUGGGGGUGAGUAUCACAGAAUUGGGGGUAAUGUGGCAUGGUUGAAGGAGGUAGUGUGACAGGUCGAGGGAAGGUGAAUGUGACCGGAUUAGAGGGGUUAAUGUGACAGGGUAACUGGGGCAUGGUUGGGGGGGUGAGUAUCACAGAAUUGGGGGUAAUGGUUGGCGUGGUUGAAGGAGGGAGUGUGAAAGGGUGAGGGGAGGUGAAUGUGACAGGAUUAGAGGGGUUAAUGUGACAGGGUAAGUGGAGCAUGGUUGGGGGUGAGUAUCACAGAAUUGGGGGUAAUGUGGCAUGGUUGAAGGAGGUAGUGUGACAGGUCGAGGGAAGGUGAAUGUGACAGGAUUAUAGGGGUUAAUGUGACAGGGUAAGUGGGGCAUGGUUGGGGGGGUUAAUAUCACAGAAUUGGGGGUAAUGGUUGGCAUGGUUGAAGGAGGGAGUGUGACAGGGCGAGGGGAGGUGAAUGUGACAGGAUUGAGGGUGUUUAUAUGACAGGAUGAUAAAUAAAUAAUUUAUUGUAUUGCACUUACAAACAAAAGGUAAAAAGAAGGCAUAUCUCCGCUCAGAGUGGUAAUUUCAAAAGAGGCCUCUGAUAUCUUGGAAUGUGGAGCAGCCCACAAGUAACCAAAAGGCGGAACAGCAAUAAUGGCAGAAAAAAUAUAAAAUAAAAGUCCAACAAUCCAACGCGUUUCGUCAUGUGUAGUGGACUUCUUCCGGGAUAUGAAUGGGCAUUCUGCAAUUCUUCUGAUUAAAUACCACCGGCAUCAACAAAAGAUACGGUCCAUCUGUGUUCGGCGUGUGUUCCAGGUUGGAACGCUAUACGUACUAACUGACAAACCGGAAAUACGUCACAAAUAGACGCACAAGAAAUACAGCGUUGUAUUCCUAACACUAAAGUAUUCCUUUAAGGUUAUCUACAUACAUUGAUUUUCAGCCAUGUGCUGAUGAUUAUGUAUUUUAUUUUGGUAUUCACAUCUGGAGAUUCCACCAAAAAAAGUAUUUAAAGAAUAGAGCGCAUUAAGCAUGUUGGGAGGUUGUUAAAAUUCACUUGUAAUCUACACAUUUGAACACAUUUAAAUGCAAGAGGAAGGUGAUCUGAAAAAUCGAAAUGAAUGAUAACCGUAGAUUUUAUUUUGUUGUUGUGUUUUGUUUUUUUUUAAGGCGCACAAGUCUGGCGCUAUGACCCAGAGAAGGAUAUGGCAUUUACAGAAGAUUGGAGAAAAAAGAAGUACCCGCAACUCAUUUCUGAGGCAUUUCCAGGAGUUCCAAAUCCUGUGGAUGCAGCAUUCUUUGACAGGAAGGAUCGUCUCAUUUAUUUUUUCUCAGAAAAUAAUGUAAGUGGCCUAGUUAACUCGAAAAUAUUACAAAUGUGAGAUGUGCGUAAGUAUAUUUUUGUUUUGUUUUUUUGACAAUCUUUAUUUAUCCUUUUUUUUUUGUUUGUUUGUUUGUUUCCAAGAUCAGGUGGGGGUACAGAAAAGAGUAAAGGGUGGGGGGGUCAAAUUGGUGUUCAGGACACGCAUUAACUGUGGUUAACAGAUAUAUGUACAUGCGAAGAUAUACAGUAGUAUUUUGACUUCAUGCUGUUGAGGUUGGAUGGCCAGAGUAGCGUUAAUUGCUUGUUAAAUUGUUUCGUAGUAGCGUGGGUCUUUUGCGUCUUAUCAUUGUACAUCUCACCCAUGUUUUUUUUUAAUGGUUCUGUUUCAUUUGGCAGUGAGGGUGUACAUGUCAGGUGUGAGACCACAGGUAGGUCGAGUGGGCUGCGGUUGUGCAUGGGGUGGGAACAGGCCACGUUUGUGCACCCUCGUAUUGGGGACAGGCGUGUUAUCCGGGCUGUCAGUCCCGACCCAUUCGCAGAUGGUUGGUCGCUAUAUGUGUGGUGUUCCCUCUACCUUAGGUGAUACUGCUUAGGUCGCCAUGUCGCCUUUUGAGUGUGCCCAUUAUGUUGGGGUUGUUGCCUGUGUGUAGGUUGGUCGGGCAGGGGCGCCCAUGUGCCAGGGCCUAUCGUAGCGUCUGCUAUGUGUGUGAUCAAGUGCUGUGGGGUAUCUAAGGCAAUUCCUGUCUGUGUGGAGCUCCGUCCGCUGGCCGCUCCUUUGUCUGUGCACAAUUAUUCGCUUAAUGCGCGUUCUGGUCCAGUAUAGGGUGUGGGGCGGGCAUGUCGGGCCUGAGUCUGGGGUGUGGGGGGGGAGGGAGGAGGGAGGGAAGAGAAGGAAGGGGGGUAUAGCUGAGAGAAGGUGGUAGAGGCAGUGUAAAGAUGGGGGGGGGAGAUGAGGACCAUGGCUUGAGUAUAGUUUUCAAGGGGGUUAUUCUGUCUGCGGCAAUGUACAUAAGCCAGGGGGUCCACGUCAGGUUGCAUUUCUCUGUGCGGCCUUGGAGGGAUGCUGUCAUAAUUUCCAUGGUAUGGAUUUCUUCUACCCUAUCCACCCAUUGUUGGAAGGUGGGGGCAGCAGUUUUUGUCCAUAGAGUGGGUAUCAGGGACUUUGCCGCUGUCAGCAGGUGUUUCGUCAAGGAUUUCUUAUGAGUUUUUAAAGACAUGCUCGUGUGGUGUAGCAACAUUGGGAGGGGUUGGAGUGGGAGCUCCGGAACCGAUAUUUCACAGAUUUUGGUGUUAACCAUCUCCCAGAAGGGUGUGAUGGCUGUGCAUGUCCACCAGAUAUGAAGCAUAGUGCUUCUCUCCUCCCCACAUCGCCAACAUGUCUCUUCGACGUCCGGGUUCAUGCGGUGCAACACAUCAGAGGUUCUGUACCAGGUCGUCGGUACCUUGUAGCUCAUCUCCUGGUAUUUUGAGCUAAUGAAGCUUUUAUGAGUGAGCAGGAAUAUUUGAUCCCAUUCUUGGGUAGUCAGGGUAUCUCCAGUCUCUCUCUCUCCCAUCUGGCGAUGAAUUUCGGCAGCGGUCUGUUUUCUCCAUCCAUAAGCAUUGCGUACAGCAUCGAGAUCCCCCAUUCCAGGUGUCGCCUGGUCGUGCAUAGUUUCUCAAAGGGUGUGAGAUCUCGGUGGAAUUGUCGUUUGGUCGCCGAUGUGGAGUAGUAGGACUUGACCUGUAGGUAUGGGAAACGAUCAAUGGUCGUUAGGAUGAGAGAUAUAGGGGUAUCAUGUUACACAAUACUUCUAUGCCAGUUACACAAUAACAGACCUCAUGAUUCCACAUGGGUCCUGUUUGGCUGCUCUGCAGCAGUCAUAUCAUGUUUAGGGAGACAGAAGAGAUAUAUAAUAAUUUGGGGGUAUGAUUGUUAAAAGGAAACGUUAGUGCCAGAAAAGCAAAGUUGUUUGCUGGCACUAUAACCCCCUAAAAUCCCCCCUCCUCCUUGCCCGGUGUAGAAGGGGUUAAAACUGCUCUAAUUUACCUGAGACUAGCGCCGAGAAAUGUCCCGUUCCUGGGAGGGAGACCUAAUGUGCAUUCGCGGCAAUGCCCAUGCUCGCAUGUAUAAUGCUUUCCUAUGGGGUUUUAAAUGACGCUGCAUGCCCUUAUGCGUGUGGAUGUCCAGCAUCAGGCGACCAAUAGUGGUCACUAGAGGUGGAGUUAUCCCACAAAGGUAAUUAUUGCAGUUUAUUAAAAACUACAAUCAUUACCUUUGUAGGGUUAAGGGACCUGGGACAAUUCACCCAGACCACUUAAUUGAGCUGAAGUGGUCUGGGUGCCUAUAGUGGCCUUUUAAUAGUAGACCAGUGGAUACGAUAAAUAUUUAACUUUGCACAUACAGUAGAAAAUGCCAUUCCAAAUUAAUUAUACAGAAAUUGCAGUUCCAUUUCAAUUGAAUAUACGAGGCAGAUAUUUUCAUAGACUUAAAAUGCUGUAACUCUCCAGAACUAUAGAGGUGGAUAUGGCAAUUUCCUUUAAGAAAUGUGGGGUGGAAAUGUUAGCUAAAGAAAGUGCUAUCAGUGGACUGGAGAUUAUAGUUUGUUUACAUAACUGGACCAGGCAUGCUUCUCAAGUAGCCUGGAAGCUGGUAAAAGUAAAGUGUUUGUAAAUAAGGAAGGUGAAGUGUGCAUUUUUCUAUGAGAUCUGACCAGGUCAAUUCGUUAACAAAUCCUAGUUAAGAGUAGUAUAGUUACGUUUCUAUGCAUGCAAAUGAUGAAUUAAUUCAUUAUUAAUAUUGUCUUUGUUACAGUUUUCUUCUGUUGCUUGCACUCUCAGAACCUUAAAAUCUUCUUUGCUUUUUGAAACUGUUCUCUUCUUAGGUAACUGCGUUUAGUAUUGAAAGGAAUAAAAAAGUGGAGCAUUACCCCAAACGCAUUAUUGAUGUAUUUCCGCCAGUUGAUCCCACAGAUCAUCCUAAAGCCUACAUCGAUGCUGUCUAUUUUUCCUACACUCAUAUGUCAACAUACUUUAUUAAAGACAAGUACUUCUGGAAAGUGGUCAGUGAUCAAGAAAGACAGGCCAAUUCAUCGUUGCCUCUCAAUGGACUGUGGCCCAAAAAGAAAAUCAAUUCUAAGUGGUUUGAUAUUUGUGAUGUCCAUCCUUCUGUCCUCUCACUGGGAACAUAAACAAGAACUGUCAUGCUUUGUGUGUACUAGCACUUCAAUGGAAAAAAAUCAACACUUUGUUUAUAGAAAAAAUUCUAUCUUCUCCCAAUGCUGAACUAUUAACAAACAAGCCAGUCCAUCCUGGCAGGGCUAAUGAACUAAUGAAACGGCAAAGUGUGUAAACAUAGUUUGGACCAGUUGUAAAAUACUUGCAAUUGUUUAUCUCUUUUUAACCCCUCUGUGACAACUGGUUUGGCAAAUCACGACAGUUUUAAAAAAUCAUGCAUUACGAAAGUUCAUAGUAGAUCUCUCAUUUUUUUUUCCUCUAAAUAAUAAAAUUAUUCUCGUAAAUCUUUCAAUGUUACAAAGAACAUGGCUCCACCAUUUCCAUAUGUGGCUCUGCUGUUGAUCAAAAAGAAGGUAGCAAAUUACAAAUGUAAUUUAAAAAAAAUUUAAUGCCACAAAAAUUGAAAAAUGACUCCAAACACCGCACAUAUAAAAGCCUCUGAUAUGAAAAUGUGCAUGUGUGCAGUGUUUUUCCAUAUGUGAAUGUUGUGUAUAAUUAGUAUUCUAAAAAAAAUUAUUUCUGUGUGUAGUGUGAGGCUUGUUGUGUAGAUGCACAGCUUGUACCAUACAUGUAUUUACGUGUGUAGAAUAGAUAUAUGUAGUGUGCAGAGGCAUAUAUAUAUAUAUAGCGUGGGGAAUGCAUGUAUAUUGUGAGUAGAUGAAUGUAUGCAGUGAUUACAUAUAUGUAUGUUGCAUGUAGUUAUAUAUGAGGUAUGUGUACAUGAAUGUGUACUUUGUGUAUGAAUGAAUGUAUUUUGGUAUAAAUGCAUAAACAGGUGUACACUAUAAAUACAUUUUUACAAAUAAUUUUUUUCUCAUAUUGCAGAAUUUAGCUAUACAAAUGGGAAAUAGAUGUCCAGCCAAAUAUUAGAAUAUGGGCACAUGAUACAUGCACAUUAAAUUACAAUUUGAAAACUGCAAAAAACAUAUUGCCUUUCCUUUGCAGUCCCAUUUCAAUGAUAUUAGUCUAAUAACCUUCCAUAUUGUAGUGCAUUUCUCAGCAUCCUUGACCAAUAAGGCAAAUCCAUCUUCUCUUCCAGUCCCUGUCUCUUCAUCUCCGAGUCCCGGCCCAGCAGCAAUUUUACUUAGGAUGCUCUGUAUCAUAUGUACAUCGCUCCAAUGUGCCAACACUUUGCAUCAACAUUGCUGAUAGCUGGUUGAGCUGCUGUGUGUAUCGUUUACAGUUACUUUUUCACCCCUAUACUCCGAAAUUAAUUCUCUUUCCUUUUUCCCUUUUUUUUCUCCCCACCAAUCUCCUAUACCCUUUCAUACUCAGUCAGCCACAUCUACUACCUUCUCUUCUAGCCAGCCAUAUCUCCAGUCCUCAUCACCUCUUAGAAUAUAUAUCUCUGUCCUUUAUCUUCUCUGCUUUUCUUCCCCAGCCAGACAAAUCUUCAGACAUCUUACCUCUUCAAUCACCUUAUUUGUAACCCCCCUCGCUCCACUGAAUCCCCAAUCACACAUCACCAGACUAAUUUUCUCUCCCCUCCAAGAUCUAUCCUUGCUUUUCCCAGACCCUCUCCACCGUCCUCCUUGCCCAGUCCCUUUACUGCCACAACGAUUCCCUCCUCUCUCAUUUCAUUCACCUUAUAACCUAUCCCCUCGCUCUUCUCCAACCACAGCCAACUGAUUAUUCAACUCAUUCCCUCCUCUUCAUGCCCAUAGACCUUUUUGCCUACCCCAUUCCCUCCUAUGACUGCUUAUAAUGAAUAAACCUCCUUGUGCUAAGCCUUUCCUCAUCAGUAACAAAAAGAUAGACUUCUCUAAGAGAGUAUCUCUCCUAUAACAAAUCCUACGAUUUCCUCUUCAGCCAGGUCAUCACUUGGAUAUCUUAGACAAUCCUCUGUCUCUCACUGAAGUCAACAAGAGACGUAACGUUAAUAAGCAACGCUAUAGAACUAUAUAAGUUUACAUGUAUCACCUCAAUAAAUUUGGCCCACUUUUUUAAGACAUAAAAGACAGCCAACCUGCUUUUUUCUGGUGUUGGAGAUGUAGGCCAACACUUUUUUUUUACCAAUAAUAUGGUUUUCCUCCAGUACUAUCUCUUUGUACUCACAUAUGUAUCCAAAAGAAAGUCAAUUUUUCUCAUACCGUAAGUUAACCCACUUCAAUUCCUCAGCCAAUCUGUCAUGUAAGCCACAAACCAGAUAAUAACUUAAGGGAGUUUAAUCACUAACCCAGGAAAUGAAUUACAAUCAAAGAGAAUACUAAUUGAGCCAAAAUGACAAAUUGGAGAAAUUCUCUAACAGUUAUAUUUUGAUUUUAAUCCCCUGGUUAUUUGUUCACAAUUCCUGGUUUGGUGAAAAAACUAAUACUAUUUUUCUUCUUAAACUGCAUUUUGUAAUUAUAUUUUUUUGUAAUGAUUUUUCUGACCUAGUAGCUGCUAAAAUGUAACUGGAAUUAAAAAAAGAAACUGAAAAUAAGAAAAUAUAAAUGAAAAAGAAAAAAAACAAUAUUUAUUUAUCCAUUUUGCAAGUAUUUAUGUUUAGGUUUUGUAAGCCUUUAUUUUUAUAUCAGAGAGGAUAGCACAAUUAUGCUUGCCUCCCUUUUUAUCUAGAAUAUGUGUAAUAAUUAAUCACUCGACAAUGAUGCAAAGGGACUUCAUGUUUGAUUAGAAACAGAGGUUUUAUGCCUUGCUUUAAAAGAUUGGUAAGAAUGAGUAUCUGUUGUUUUCUUAUAUUAUGGAAAAUAUACCAUUCUUUAAGCAGGGUACUGGAUAAGAUGUUUAACUUAGAGUACAGAUUAUCCAAGUUAUUAAUACUAUUCACAGCAAUCAUCAAAUGAGUGUCUUCAGCUUUUAUAUGAAAGGGUGAUCUUGAGAGAAUAUAUGUUCCUCAUUAUAUAUUUGAGUAAUUGUACCUAAAAAUAUGGUAUGUUCUGUUUCUUUUUAAAUGAACCAAUACUGAAGUGCAUACACAGUAUACAACAGUACAGUGUUUAGUUUGAACAGUAAGUAUGCUAAUUGCACAUACCAUAACUCUUUUUAAAUGACCCUAAAAGUUUUUGAUGUGACAAUUAAUGUUGAGAACGAAAUCACUGCUUAACUUUCUCCCUGGCAUAGUCCUGAAUUUGCUUUCUUUGGUCGCUUCCUACGUUUGAUUAACUUACUAUUAAUAUGACAAUCACCUGCUCUCAUUUUAAUGAUGAGCCUGGUGUAGAUAACAUAAUCAUAAC